UUGGUCCUGUGGACCGGUUGGACCAACCGGCCAGUUGGUCCUGUGGACCGGUUGGACCAACCGGCCAGUUGGUCCUGUGGACCGGUUGGACCAACCGGCCAGUUGGUCCUGUGGACCGGUUGGACCAACCGGCCAGUUGGUCCUGUGGACCGGUUGGACCAACCGGCCAGUUGGUCCUGUGGACCGGUUGGACCAACCGGCCAGUUGGUCCUGUGGACCGGUUGGACCAACCGGCCAGUUGGUCCUGUGGACCGGUUGGACCAACCGGCCAGUUGGUCCUGUGGACCGGUUGGACCAACCGGCCAGUUGGUCCUGUGGACCGGUUGGACCAACCGGCCAGUUGGUCCUGUGGACCGGUUGGACCAACCGGCCAGUUGGUCCUGUGGACCGGUUGGACCAACCGGCCAGUUGGUCCUGUGGACCGGUUGGACCAACCGGCCAGUUGGUCCUGUGGACCGGUUGGACCAACCGGCCAGUUGGUCCUGUGGACCGGUUGGACCAACCGGCCAGUUGGUCCUGUGGACCGGUUGGACCAACCGGCCAGUUGGUCCUGUGGACCGGUUGGACCAACCGGCCAGUUGGUCCUGUGGACCGGUUGGACCAACCGGCCAGUUGGUCCUGUGGACCGGUUGGACCAACCGGCCAGUUGGUCCUGUGGACCGGUUGGACCAACCGGCCAGUUGGUCCUGUGGACCGGUUGGACCAACCGGCCAGUUGGUCCUGUGGACCGGUUGGACCAACCGGCCAGUUGGUCCUGUGGACCGGUUGGACCAACCGGCCAGUUGGUCCUGUGGACCGGUUGGACCAACCGGCCAGUUGGUCCUGUGGACCGGUUGGACCAACCGGCCAGUUGGUCCUGUGGACCGGUUGGACCAACCGGCCAGUUGGUCCUGUGGACCGGUUGGACCAACCGGCCAGUUGGUCCUGUGGACCGGUUGGACCAACCGGCCAGUUGGUCCUGUGGACCGGUUGGACCAACCGGCCAGUUGGUCCUGUGGACCGGUUGGACCAACCGGCCAGUUGGUCCUGUGGACCGGUUGGACCAACCGGCCAGUUGGUCCUGUGGACCGGUUGGACCAACCGGCCAGUUGGUCCUGUGGACCGGUUGGACCAACCGGCCAGUUGGUCCUGUGGACCGGUUGGACCAACCGGCCAGUUGGUCCUGUGGACCGGUUGGACCAACCGGCCAGUUGGUCCUGUGGACCGGUUGGACCAACCGGCCAGUUGGUCCUGUGGACCGGUUGGACCAACCGGCCAGUUGGUCCUGUGGACCGGUUGGACCAACCGGCCAGUUGGUCCUGUGGACCGGUUGGACCAACCGGCCAGUUGGUCCUGUGGACCGGUUGGACCAACCGGCCAGUUGGUCCUGUGGACCGGUUGGACCAACCGGCCAGUUGGUCCUGUGGACCGGUUGGACCAACCGGCCAGUUGGUCCUGUGGACCGGUUGGACCAACCGGCCAGUUGGUCCUGUGGACCGGUUGGACCAACCGGCCAGUUGGUCCUGUGGACCGGUUGGACCAACCGGCCAGUUGGUCCUGUGGACCGGUUGGACCAACCGGCCAGUUGGUCCUGUGGACCGGUUGGACCAACCGGCCAGUUGGUCCUGUGGACCGGUUGGACCAACCGGCCAGUUGGUCCUGUGGACCGGUUGGACCAACCGGCCAGUUGGUCCUGUGGACCGGUUGGACCAACCGGCCAGUUGGUCCUGUGGACCGGUUGGACCAACCGGCCAGUUGGUCCUGUGGACCGGUUGGACCAACCGGCCAGUUGGUCCUGUGGACCGGUUGGACCAACCGGCCAGUUGGUCCUGUGGACCGGUUGGACCAACCGGCCAGUUGGUCCUGUGGACCGGUUGGACCAACCGGCCAGUUGGUCCUGUGGACCGGUUGGACCAACCGGCCAGUUGGUCCUGUGGACCGGUUGGACCAACCGGCCAGUUGGUCCUGUGGACCGGUUGGACCAACCGGCCAGUUGGUCCUGUGGACCGGUUGGACCAACCGGCCAGUUGGUCCUGUGGACCGGUUGGACCAACCGGCCAGUUGGUCCUGUGGACCGGUUGGACCAACCGGCCAGUUGGUCCUGUGGACCGGUUGGACCAACCGGCCAGUUGGUCCUGUGGACCGGUUGGACCAACCGGCCAGUUGGUCCUGUGGACCGGUUGGACCAACCGGCCAGUUGGUCCUGUGGACCGGUUGGACCAACCGGCCAGUUGGUCCUGUGGACCGGUUGGACCAACCGGCCAGUUGGUCCUGUGGACCGGUUGGACCAACCGGCCAGUUGGUCCUGUGGACCGGUUGGACCAACCGGCCAGUUGGUCCUGUGGACCGGUUGGACCAACCGGCCAGUUGGUCCUGUGGACCGGUUGGACCAACCGGCCAGUUGGUCCUGUGGACCGGUUGGACCAACCGGCCAGUUGGUCCUGUGGACCGGUUGGACCAACCGGCCAGUUGGUCCUGUGGACCGGUUGGACCAACCGGCCAGUUGGUCCUGUGGACCGGUUGGACCAACCGGCCAGUUGGUCCUGUGGACCGGUUGGACCAACCGGCCAGUUGGUCCUGUGGACCGGUUGGACCAACCGGCCAGUUGGUCCUGUGGACCGGUUGGACCAACCGGCCAGUUGGUCCUGUGGACCGGUUGGACCAACCGGCCAGUUGGUCCUGUGGACCGGUUGGACCAACCGGCCAGUUGGUCCUGUGGACCGGUUGGACCAACCGGCCAGUUGGUCCUGUGGACCGGUUGGACCAACCGGCCAGUUGGUCCUGUGGACCGGUUGGACCAACCGGCCAGUUGGUCCUGUGGACCGGUUGGACCAACCGGCCAGUUGGUCCUGUGGACCGGUUGGACCAACCGGCCAGUUGGUCCUGUGGACCGGUUGGACCAACCGGCCAGUUGGUCCUGUGGACCGGUUGGACCAACCGGCCAGUUGGUCCUGUGGACCGGUUGGACCAACCGGCCAGUUGGUCCUGUGGACCGGUUGGACCAACCGGCCAGUUGGUCCUGUGGACCGGUUGGACCAACCGGCCAGUUGGUCCUGUGGACCGGUUGGACCAACCGGCCAGUUGGUCCUGUGGACCGGUUGGACCAACCGGCCAGUUGGUCCUGUGGACCGGUUGGACCAACCGGCCAGUUGGUCCUGUGGACCGGUUGGACCAACCGGCCAGUUGGUCCUGUGGACCGGUUGGACCAACCGGCCAGUUGGUCCUGUGGACCGGUUGGACCAACCGGCCAGUUGGUCCUGUGGACCGGUUGGACCAACCGGCCAGUUGGUCCUGUGGACCGGUUGGACCAACCGGCCAGUUGGUCCUGUGGACCGGUUGGACCAACCGGCCAGUUGGUCCUGUGGACCGGUUGGACCAACCGGCCAGUUGGUCCUGUGGACCGGUUGGACCAACCGGCCAGUUGGUCCUGUGGACCGGUUGGACCAACCGGCCAGUUGGUCCUGUGGACCGGUUGGACCAACCGGCCAGUUGGUCCUGUGGACCGGUUGGACCAACCGGCCAGUUGGUCCUGUGGACCGGUUGGACCAACCGGCCAGUUGGUCCUGUGGACCGGUUGGACCAACCGGCCAGUUGGUCCUGUGGACCGGUUGGACCAACCGGCCAGUUGGUCCUGUGGACCGGUUGGACCAACCGGCCAGUUGGUCCUGUGGACCGGUUGGACCAACCGGCCAGUUGGUCCUGUGGACCGGUUGGACCAACCGGCCAGUUGGUCCUGUGGACCGGUUGGACCAACCGGCCAGUUGGUCCUGUGGACCGGUUGGACCAACCGGCCAGUUGGUCCUGUGGACCGGUUGGACCAACCGGCCAGUUGGUCCUGUGGACCGGUUGGACCAACCGGCCAGUUGGUCCUGUGGACCGGUUGGACCAACCGGCCAGUUGGUCCUGUGGACCGGUUGGACCAACCGGCCAGUUGGUCCUGUGGACCGGUUGGACCAACCGGCCAGUUGGUCCUGUGGACCGGUUGGACCAACCGGCCAGUUGGUCCUGUGGACCGGUUGGACCAACCGGCCAGUUGGUCCUGUGGACCGGUUGGACCAACCGGCCAGUUGGUCCUGUGGACCGGUUGGACCAACCGGCCAGUUGGUCCUGUGGACCGGUUGGACCAACCGGCCAGUUGGUCCUGUGGACCGGUUGGACCAACCGGCCAGUUGGUCCUGUGGACCGGUUGGACCAACCGGCCAGUUGGUCCUGUGGACCGGUUGGACCAACCGGCCAGUUGGUCCUGUGGACCGGUUGGACCAACCGGCCAGUUGGUCCUGUGGACCGGUUGGACCAACCGGCCAGUUGGUCCUGUGGACCGGUUGGACCAACCGGCCAGUUGGUCCUGUGGACCGGUUGGACCAACCGGCCAGUUGGUCCUGUGGACCGGUUGGACCAACCGGCCAGUUGGUCCUGUGGACCGGUUGGACCAACCGGCCAGUUGGUCCUGUGGACCGGUUGGACCAACCGGCCAGUUGGUCCUGUGGACCGGUUGGACCAACCGGCCAGUUGGUCCUGUGGACCGGUUGGACCAACCGGCCAGUUGGUCCUGUGGACCGGUUGGACCAACCGGCCAGUUGGUCCUGUGGACCGGUUGGACCAACCGGCCAGUUGGUCCUGUGGACCGGUUGGACCAACCGGCCAGUUGGUCCUGUGGACCGGUUGGACCAACCGGCCAGUUGGUCCUGUGGACCGGUUGGACCAACCGGCCAGUUGGUCCUGUGGACCGGUUGGACCAACCGGCCAGUUGGUCCUGUGGACCGGUUGGACCAACCGGCCAGUUGGUCCUGUGGACCGGUUGGACCAACCGGCCAGUUGGUCCUGUGGACCGGUUGGACCAACCGGCCAGUUGGUCCUGUGGACCGGUUGGACCAACCGGCCAGUUGGUCCUGUGGACCGGUUGGACCAACCGGCCAGUUGGUCCUGUGGACCGGUUGGACCAACCGGCCAGUUGGUCCUGUGGACCGGUUGGACCAACCGGCCAGUUGGUCCUGUGGACCGGUUGGACCAACCGGCCAGUUGGUCCUGUGGACCGGUUGGACCAACCGGCCAGUUGGUCCUGUGGACCGGUUGGACCAACCGGCCAGUUGGUCCUGUGGACCGGUUGGACCAACCGGCCAGUUGGUCCUGUGGACCGGUUGGACCAACCGGCCAGUUGGUCCUGUGGACCGGUUGGACCAACCGGCCAGUUGGUCCUGUGGACCGGUUGGACCAACCGGCCAGUUGGUCCUGUGGACCGGUUGGACCAACCGGCCAGUUGGUCCUGUGGACCGGUUGGACCAACCGGCCAGUUGGUCCUGUGGACCGGUUGGACCAACCGGCCAGUUGGUCCUGUGGACCGGUUGGACCAACCGGCCAGUUGGUCCUGUGGACCGGUUGGACCAACCGGCCAGUUGGUCCUGUGGACCGGUUGGACCAACCGGCCAGUUGGUCCUGUGGACCGGUUGGACCAACCGGCCAGUUGGUCCUGUGGACCGGUUGGACCAACCGGCCAGUUGGUCCUGUGGACCGGUUGGACCAACCGGCCAGUUGGUCCUGUGGACCGGUUGGACCAACCGGCCAGUUGGUCCUGUGGACCGGUUGGACCAACCGGCCAGUUGGUCCUGUGGACCGGUUGGACCAACCGGCCAGUUGGUCCUGUGGACCGGUUGGACCAACCGGCCAGUUGGUCCUGUGGACCGGUUGGACCAACCGGCCAGUUGGUCCUGUGGACCGGUUGGACCAACCGGCCAGUUGGUCCUGUGGACCGGUUGGACCAACCGGCCAGUUGGUCCUGUGGACCGGUUGGACCAACCGGCCAGUUGGUCCUGUGGACCGGUUGGACCAACCGGCCAGUUGGUCCUGUGGACCGGUUGGACCAACCGGCCAGUUGGUCCUGUGGACCGGUUGGACCAACCGGCCAGUUGGUCCUGUGGACCGGUUGGACCAACCGGCCAGUUGGUCCUGUGGACCGGUUGGACCAACCGGCCAGUUGGUCCUGUGGACCGGUUGGACCAACCGGCCAGUUGGUCCUGUGGACCGGUUGGACCAACCGGCCAGUUGGUCCUGUGGACCGGUUGGACCAACCGGCCAGUUGGUCCUGUGGACCGGUUGGACCAACCGGCCAGUUGGUCCUGUGGACCGGUUGGACCAACCGGCCAGUUGGUCCUGUGGACCGGUUGGACCAACCGGCCAGUUGGUCCUGUGGACCGGUUGGACCAACCGGCCAGUUGGUCCUGUGGACCGGUUGGACCAACCGGCCAGUUGGUCCUGUGGACCGGUUGGACCAACCGGCCAGUUGGUCCUGUGGACCGGUUGGACCAACCGGCCAGUUGGUCCUGUGGACCGGUUGGACCAACCGGCCAGUUGGUCCUGUGGACCGGUUGGACCAACCGGCCAGUUGGUCCUGUGGACCGGUUGGACCAACCGGCCAGUUGGUCCUGUGGACCGGUUGGACCAACCGGCCAGUUGGUCCUGUGGACCGGUUGGACCAACCGGCCAGUUGGUCCUGUGGACCGGUUGGACCAACCGGCCAGUUGGUCCUGUGGACCGGUUGGACCAACCGGCCAGUUGGUCCUGUGGACCGGUUGGACCAACCGGCCAGUUGGUCCUGUGGACCGGUUGGACCAACCGGCCAGUUGGUCCUGUGGACCGGUUGGACCAACCGGCCAGUUGGUCCUGUGGACCGGUUGGACCAACCGGCCAGUUGGUCCUGUGGACCGGUUGGACCAACCGGCCAGUUGGUCCUGUGGACCGGUUGGACCAACCGGCCAGUUGGUCCUGUGGACCGGUUGGACCAACCGGCCAGUUGGUCCUGUGGACCGGUUGGACCAACCGGCCAGUUGGUCCUGUGGACCGGUUGGACCAACCGGCCAGUUGGUCCUGUGGACCGGUUGGACCAACCGGCCAGUUGGUCCUGUGGACCGGUUGGACCAACCGGCCAGUUGGUCCUGUGGACCGGUUGGACCAACCGGCCAGUUGGUCCUGUGGACCGGUUGGACCAACCGGCCAGUUGGUCCUGUGGACCGGUUGGACCAACCGGCCAGUUGGUCCUGUGGACCGGUUGGACCAACCGGCCAGUUGGUCCUGUGGACCGGUUGGACCAACCGGCCAGUUGGUCCUGUGGACCGGUUGGACCAACCGGCCAGUUGGUCCUGUGGACCGGUUGGACCAACCGGCCAGUUGGUCCUGUGGACCGGUUGGACCAACCGGCCAGUUGGUCCUGUGGACCGGUUGGACCAACCGGCCAGUUGGUCCUGUGGACCGGUUGGACCAACCGGCCAGUUGGUCCUGUGGACCGGUUGGACCAACCGGCCAGUUGGUCCUGUGGACCGGUUGGACCAACCGGCCAGUUGGUCCUGUGGACCGGUUGGACCAACCGGCCAGUUGGUCCUGUGGACCGGUUGGACCAACCGGCCAGUUGGUCCUGUGGACCGGUUGGACCAACCGGCCAGUUGGUCCUGUGGACCGGUUGGACCAACCGGCCAGUUGGUCCUGUGGACCGGUUGGACCAACCGGCCAGUUGGUCCUGUGGACCGGUUGGACCAACCGGCCAGUUGGUCCUGUGGACCGGUUGGACCAACCGGCCAGUUGGUCCUGUGGACCGGUUGGACCAACCGGCCAGUUGGUCCUGUGGACCGGUUGGACCAACCGGCCAGUUGGUCCUGUGGACCGGUUGGACCAACCGGCCAGUUGGUCCUGUGGACCGGUUGGACCAACCGGCCAGUUGGUCCUGUGGACCGGUUGGACCAACCGGCCAGUUGGUCCUGUGGACCGGUUGGACCAACCGGCCAGUUGGUCCUGUGGACCGGUUGGACCAACCGGCCAGUUGGUCCUGUGGACCGGUUGGACCAACCGGCCAGUUGGUCCUGUGGACCGGUUGGACCAACCGGCCAGUUGGUCCUGUGGACCGGUUGGACCAACCGGCCAGUUGGUCCUGUGGACCGGUUGGACCAACCGGCCAGUUGGUCCUGUGGACCGGUUGGACCAACCGGCCAGUUGGUCCUGUGGACCGGUUGGACCAACCGGCCAGUUGGUCCUGUGGACCGGUUGGACCAACCGGCCAGUUGGUCCUGUGGACCGGUUGGACCAACCGGCCAGUUGGUCCUGUGGACCGGUUGGACCAACCGGCCAGUUGGUCCUGUGGACCGGUUGGACCAACCGGCCAGUUGGUCCUGUGGACCGGUUGGACCAACCGGCCAGUUGGUCCUGUGGACCGGUUGGACCAACCGGCCAGUUGGUCCUGUGGACCGGUUGGACCAACCGGCCAGUUGGUCCUGUGGACCGGUUGGACCAACCGGCCAGUUGGUCCUGUGGACCGGUUGGACCAACCGGCCAGUUGGUCCUGUGGACCGGUUGGACCAACCGGCCAGUUGGUCCUGUGGACCGGUUGGACCAACCGGCCAGUUGGUCCUGUGGACCGGUUGGACCAACCGGCCAGUUGGUCCUGUGGACCGGUUGGACCAACCGGCCAGUUGGUCCUGUGGACCGGUUGGACCAACCGGCCAGUUGGUCCUGUGGACCGGUUGGACCAACCGGCCAGUUGGUCCUGUGGACCGGUUGGACCAACCGGCCAGUUGGUCCUGUGGACCGGUUGGACCAACCGGCCAGUUGGUCCUGUGGACCGGUUGGACCAACCGGCCAGUUGGUCCUGUGGACCGGUUGGACCAACCGGCCAGUUGGUCCUGUGGACCGGUUGGACCAACCGGCCAGUUGGUCCUGUGGACCGGUUGGACCAACCGGCCAGUUGGUCCUGUGGACCGGUUGGACCAACCGGCCAGUUGGUCCUGUGGACCGGUUGGACCAACCGGCCAGUUGGUCCUGUGGACCGGUUGGACCAACCGGCCAGUUGGUCCUGUGGACCGGUUGGACCAACCGGCCAGUUGGUCCUGUGGACCGGUUGGACCAACCGGCCAGUUGGUCCUGUGGACCGGUUGGACCAACCGGCCAGUUGGUCCUGUGGACCGGUUGGACCAACCGGCCAGUUGGUCCUGUGGACCGGUUGGACCAACCGGCCAGUUGGUCCUGUGGACCGGUUGGACCAACCGGCCAGUUGGUCCUGUGGACCGGUUGGACCAACCGGCCAGUUGGUCCUGUGGACCGGUUGGACCAACCGGCCAGUUGGUCCUGUGGACCGGUUGGACCAACCGGCCAGUUGGUCCUGUGGACCGGUUGGACCAACCGGCCAGUUGGUCCUGUGGACCGGUUGGACCAACCGGCCAGUUGGUCCUGUGGACCGGUUGGACCAACCGGCCAGUUGGUCCUGUGGACCGGUUGGACCAACCGGCCAGUUGGUCCUGUGGACCGGUUGGACCAACCGGCCAGUUGGUCCUGUGGACCGGUUGGACCAACCGGCCAGUUGGUCCUGUGGACCGGUUGGACCAACCGGCCAGUUGGUCCUGUGGACCGGUUGGACCAACCGGCCAGUUGGUCCUGUGGACCGGUUGGACCAACCGGCCAGUUGGUCCUGUGGACCGGUUGGACCAACCGGCCAGUUGGUCCUGUGGACCGGUUGGACCAACCGGCCAGUUGGUCCUGUGGACCGGUUGGACCAACCGGCCAGUUGGUCCUGUGGACCGGUUGGACCAACCGGCCAGUUGGUCCUGUGGACCGGUUGGACCAACCGGCCAGUUGGUCCUGUGGACCGGUUGGACCAACCGGCCAGUUGGUCCUGUGGACCGGUUGGACCAACCGGCCAGUUGGUCCUGUGGACCGGUUGGACCAACCGGCCAGUUGGUCCUGUGGACCGGUUGGACCAACCGGCCAGUUGGUCCUGUGGACCGGUUGGACCAACCGGCCAGUUGGUCCUGUGGACCGGUUGGACCAACCGGCCAGUUGGUCCUGUGGACCGGUUGGACCAACCGGCCAGUUGGUCCUGUGGACCGGUUGGACCAACCGGCCAGUUGGUCCUGUGGACCGGUUGGACCAACCGGCCAGUUGGUCCUGUGGACCGGUUGGACCAACCGGCCAGUUGGUCCUGUGGACCGGUUGGACCAACCGGCCAGUUGGUCCUGUGGACCGGUUGGACCAACCGGCCAGUUGGUCCUGUGGACCGGUUGGACCAACCGGCCAGUUGGUCCUGUGGACCGGUUGGACCAACCGGCCAGUUGGUCCUGUGGACCGGUUGGACCAACCGGCCAGUUGGUCCUGUGGACCGGUUGGACCAACCGGCCAGUUGGUCCUGUGGACCGGUUGGACCAACCGGCCAGUUGGUCCUGUGGACCGGUUGGACCAACCGGCCAGUUGGUCCUGUGGACCGGUUGGACCAACCGGCCAGUUGGUCCUGUGGACCGGUUGGACCAACCGGCCAGUUGGUCCUGUGGACCGGUUGGACCAACCGGCCAGUUGGUCCUGUGGACCGGUUGGACCAACCGGCCAGUUGGUCCUGUGGACCGGUUGGACCAACCGGCCAGUUGGUCCUGUGGACCGGUUGGACCAACCGGCCAGUUGGUCCUGUGGACCGGUUGGACCAACCGGCCAGUUGGUCCUGUGGACCGGUUGGACCAACCGGCCAGUUGGUCCUGUGGACCGGUUGGACCAACCGGCCAGUUGGUCCUGUGGACCGGUUGGACCAACCGGCCAGUUGGUCCUGUGGACCGGUUGGACCAACCGGCCAGUUGGUCCUGUGGACCGGUUGGACCAACCGGCCAGUUGGUCCUGUGGACCGGUUGGACCAACCGGCCAGUUGGUCCUGUGGACCGGUUGGACCAACCGGCCAGUUGGUCCUGUGGACCGGUUGGACCAACCGGCCAGUUGGUCCUGUGGACCGGUUGGACCAACCGGCCAGUUGGUCCUGUGGACCGGUUGGACCAACCGGCCAGUUGGUCCUGUGGACCGGUUGGACCAACCGGCCAGUUGGUCCUGUGGACCGGUUGGACCAACCGGCCAGUUGGUCCUGUGGACCGGUUGGACCAACCGGCCAGUUGGUCCUGUGGACCGGUUGGACCAACCGGCCAGUUGGUCCUGUGGACCGGUUGGACCAACCGGCCAGUUGGUCCUGUGGACCGGUUGGACCAACCGGCCAGUUGGUCCUGUGGACCGGUUGGACCAACCGGCCAGUUGGUCCUGUGGACCGGUUGGACCAACCGGCCAGUUGGUCCUGUGGACCGGUUGGACCAACCGGCCAGUUGGUCCUGUGGACCGGUUGGACCAACCGGCCAGUUGGUCCUGUGGACCGGUUGGACCAACCGGCCAGUUGGUCCUGUGGACCGGUUGGACCAACCGGCCAGUUGGUCCUGUGGACCGGUUGGACCAACCGGCCAGUUGGUCCUGUGGACCGGUUGGACCAACCGGCCAGUUGGUCCUGUGGACCGGUUGGACCAACCGGCCAGUUGGUCCUGUGGACCGGUUGGACCAACCGGCCAGUUGGUCCUGUGGACCGGUUGGACCAACCGGCCAGUUGGUCCUGUGGACCGGUUGGACCAACCGGCCAGUUGGUCCUGUGGACCGGUUGGACCAACCGGCCAGUUGGUCCUGUGGACCGGUUGGACCAACCGGCCAGUUGGUCCUGUGGACCGGUUGGACCAACCGGCCAGUUGGUCCUGUGGACCGGUUGGACCAACCGGCCAGUUGGUCCUGUGGACCGGUUGGACCAACCGGCCAGUUGGUCCUGUGGACCGGUUGGACCAACCGGCCAGUUGGUCCUGUGGACCGGUUGGACCAACCGGCCAGUUGGUCCUGUGGACCGGUUGGACCAACCGGCCAGUUGGUCCUGUGGACCGGUUGGACCAACCGGCCAGUUGGUCCUGUGGACCGGUUGGACCAACCGGCCAGUUGGUCCUGUGGACCGGUUGGACCAACCGGCCAGUUGGUCCUGUGGACCGGUUGGACCAACCGGCCAGUUGGUCCUGUGGACCGGUUGGACCAACCGGCCAGUUGGUCCUGUGGACCGGUUGGACCAACCGGCCAGUUGGUCCUGUGGACCGGUUGGACCAACCGGCCAGUUGGUCCUGUGGACCGGUUGGACCAACCGGCCAGUUGGUCCUGUGGACCGGUUGGACCAACCGGCCAGUUGGUCCUGUGGACCGGUUGGACCAACCGGCCAGUUGGUCCUGUGGACCGGUUGGACCAACCGGCCAGUUGGUCCUGUGGACCGGUUGGACCAACCGGCCAGUUGGUCCUGUGGACCGGUUGGACCAACCGGCCAGUUGGUCCUGUGGACCGGUUGGACCAACCGGCCAGUUGGUCCUGUGGACCGGUUGGACCAACCGGCCAGUUGGUCCUGUGGACCGGUUGGACCAACCGGCCAGUUGGUCCUGUGGACCGGUUGGACCAACCGGCCAGUUGGUCCUGUGGACCGGUUGGACCAACCGGCCAGUUGGUCCUGUGGACCGGUUGGACCAACCGGCCAGUUGGUCCUGUGGACCGGUUGGACCAACCGGCCAGUUGGUCCUGUGGACCGGUUGGACCAACCGGCCAGUUGGUCCUGUGGACCGGUUGGACCAACCGGCCAGUUGGUCCUGUGGACCGGUUGGACCAACCGGCCAGUUGGUCCUGUGGACCGGUUGGACCAACCGGCCAGUUGGUCCUGUGGACCGGUUGGACCAACCGGCCAGUUGGUCCUGUGGACCGGUUGGACCAACCGGCCAGUUGGUCCUGUGGACCGGUUGGACCAACCGGCCAGUUGGUCCUGUGGACCGGUUGGACCAACCGGCCAGUUGGUCCUGUGGACCGGUUGGACCAACCGGCCAGUUGGUCCUGUGGACCGGUUGGACCAACCGGCCAGUUGGUCCUGUGGACCGGUUGGACCAACCGGCCAGUUGGUCCUGUGGACCGGUUGGACCAACCGGCCAGUUGGUCCUGUGGACCGGUUGGACCAACCGGCCAGUUGGUCCUGUGGACCGGUUGGACCAACCGGCCAGUUGGUCCUGUGGACCGGUUGGACCAACCGGCCAGUUGGUCCUGUGGACCGGUUGGACCAACCGGCCAGUUGGUCCUGUGGACCGGUUGGACCAACCGGCCAGUUGGUCCUGUGGACCGGUUGGACCAACCGGCCAGUUGGUCCUGUGGACCGGUUGGACCAACCGGCCAGUUGGUCCUGUGGACCGGUUGGACCAACCGGCCAGUUGGUCCUGUGGACCGGUUGGACCAACCGGCCAGUUGGUCCUGUGGACCGGUUGGACCAACCGGCCAGUUGGUCCUGUGGACCGGUUGGACCAACCGGCCAGUUGGUCCUGUGGACCGGUUGGACCAACCGGCCAGUUGGUCCUGUGGACCGGUUGGACCAACCGGCCAGUUGGUCCUGUGGACCGGUUGGACCAACCGGCCAGUUGGUCCUGUGGACCGGUUGGACCAACCGGCCAGUUGGUCCUGUGGACCGGUUGGACCAACCGGCCAGUUGGUCCUGUGGACCGGUUGGACCAACCGGCCAGUUGGUCCUGUGGACCGGUUGGACCAACCGGCCAGUUGGUCCUGUGGACCGGUUGGACCAACCGGCCAGUUGGUCCUGUGGACCGGUUGGACCAACCGGCCAGUUGGUCCUGUGGACCGGUUGGACCAACCGGCCAGUUGGUCCUGUGGACCGGUUGGACCAACCGGCCAGUUGGUCCUGUGGACCGGUUGGACCAACCGGCCAGUUGGUCCUGUGGACCGGUUGGACCAACCGGCCAGUUGGUCCUGUGGACCGGUUGGACCAACCGGCCAGUUGGUCCUGUGGACCGGUUGGACCAACCGGCCAGUUGGUCCUGUGGACCGGUUGGACCAACCGGCCAGUUGGUCCUGUGGACCGGUUGGACCAACCGGCCAGUUGGUCCUGUGGACCGGUUGGACCAACCGGCCAGUUGGUCCUGUGGACCGGUUGGACCAACCGGCCAGUUGGUCCUGUGGACCGGUUGGACCAACCGGCCAGUUGGUCCUGUGGACCGGUUGGACCAACCGGCCAGUUGGUCCUGUGGACCGGUUGGACCAACCGGCCAGUUGGUCCUGUGGACCGGUUGGACCAACCGGCCAGUUGGUCCUGUGGACCGGUUGGACCAACCGGCCAGUUGGUCCUGUGGACCGGUUGGACCAACCGGCCAGUUGGUCCUGUGGACCGGUUGGACCAACCGGCCAGUUGGUCCUGUGGACCGGUUGGACCAACCGGCCAGUUGGUCCUGUGGACCGGUUGGACCAACCGGCCAGUUGGUCCUGUGGACCGGUUGGACCAACCGGCCAGUUGGUCCUGUGGACCGGUUGGACCAACCGGCCAGUUGGUCCUGUGGACCGGUUGGACCAACCGGCCAGUUGGUCCUGUGGACCGGUUGGACCAACCGGCCAGUUGGUCCUGUGGACCGGUUGGACCAACCGGCCAGUUGGUCCUGUGGACCGGUUGGACCAACCGGCCAGUUGGUCCUGUGGACCGGUUGGACCAACCGGCCAGUUGGUCCUGUGGACCGGUUGGACCAACCGGCCAGUUGGUCCUGUGGACCGGUUGGACCAACCGGCCAGUUGGUCCUGUGGACCGGUUGGACCAACCGGCCAGUUGGUCCUGUGGACCGGUUGGACCAACCGGCCAGUUGGUCCUGUGGACCGGUUGGACCAACCGGCCAGUUGGUCCUGUGGACCGGUUGGACCAACCGGCCAGUUGGUCCUGUGGACCGGUUGGACCAACCGGCCAGUUGGUCCUGUGGACCGGUUGGACCAACCGGCCAGUUGGUCCUGUGGACCGGUUGGACCAACCGGCCAGUUGGUCCUGUGGACCGGUUGGACCAACCGGCCAGUUGGUCCUGUGGACCGGUUGGACCAACCGGCCAGUUGGUCCUGUGGACCGGUUGGACCAACCGGCCAGUUGGUCCUGUGGACCGGUUGGACCAACCGGCCAGUUGGUCCUGUGGACCGGUUGGACCAACCGGCCAGUUGGUCCUGUGGACCGGUUGGACCAACCGGCCAGUUGGUCCUGUGGACCGGUUGGACCAACCGGCCAGUUGGUCCUGUGGACCGUUGGUCCUGUGGACCGGUUGGACCAACCGGCCAGUUGGUCCUGUGGACCGGUUGGACCAACCGGCCAGUUGGUCCUGUGGACCGGUUGGACCAACCGGCCAGUUGGUCCUGUGGACCGGUUGGACCAACCGGCCAGUUGGUCCUGUGGACCGGUUGGACCAACCGGCCAGUUGGUCCUGUGGACCGGUUGGACCAACCGGCCAGUUGGUCCUGUGGACCGGUUGGACCAACCGGCCAGUUGGUCCUGUGGACCGGUUGGACCAACCGGCCAGUUGGUCCUGUGGACCGGUUGGACCAACCGGCCAGUUGGUCCUGUGGACCGGUUGGACCAACCGGCCAGUUGGUCCUGUGGACCGGUUGGACCAACCGGCCAGUUGGUCCUGUGGACCGGUUGGACCAACCGGCCAGUUGGUCCUGUGGACCGGUUGGACCAACCGGCCAGUUGGUCCUGUGGACCGGUUGGACCAACCGGCCAGUUGGUCCUGUGGACCGGUUGGACCAACCGGCCAGUUGGUCCUGUGGACCGGUUGGACCAACCGGCCAGUUGGUCCUGUGGACCGGUUGGACCAACCGGCCAGUUGGUCCUGUGGACCGGUUGGACCAACCGGCCAGUUGGUCCUGUGGACCGGUUGGACCAACCGGCCAGUUGGUCCUGUGGACCGGUUGGACCAACCGGCCAGUUGGUCCUGUGGACCGGUUGGACCAACCGGCCAGUUGGUCCUGUGGACCGGUUGGACCAACCGGCCAGUUGGUCCUGUGGACCGGUUGGACCAACCGGCCAGUUGGUCCUGUGGACCGGUUGGACCAACCGGCCAGUUGGUCCUGUGGACCGGUUGGACCAACCGGCCAGUUGGUCCUGUGGACCGGUUGGACCAACCGGCCAGUUGGUCCUGUGGACCGGUUGGACCAACCGGCCAGUUGGUCCUGUGGACCGGUUGGACCAACCGGCCAGUUGGUCCUGUGGACCGGUUGGACCAACCGGCCAGUUGGUCCUGUGGACCGGUUGGACCAACCGGCCAGUUGGUCCUGUGGACCGGUUGGACCAACCGGCCAGUUGGUCCUGUGGACCGGUUGGACCAACCGGCCAGUUGGUCCUGUGGACCGGUUGGACCAACCGGCCAGUUGGUCCUGUGGACCGGUUGGACCAACCGGCCAGUUGGUCCUGUGGACCGGUUGGACCAACCGGCCAGUUGGUCCUGUGGACCGGUUGGACCAACCGGCCAGUUGGUCCUGUGGACCGGUUGGACCAACCGGCCAGUUGGUCCUGUGGACCGGUUGGACCAACCGGCCAGUUGGUCCUGUGGACCGGUUGGACCAACCGGCCAGUUGGUCCUGUGGACCGGUUGGACCAACCGGCCAGUUGGUCCUGUGGACCGGUUGGACCAACCGGCCAGUUGGUCCUGUGGACCGGUUGGACCAACCGGCCAGUUGGUCCUGUGGACCGGUUGGACCAACCGGCCAGUUGGUCCUGUGGACCGGUUGGACCAACCGGCCAGUUGGUCCUGUGGACCGGUUGGACCAACCGGCCAGUUGGUCCUGUGGACCGGUUGGACCAACCGGCCAGUUGGUCCUGUGGACCGGUUGGACCAACCGGCCAGUUGGUCCUGUGGACCGGUUGGACCAACCGGCCAGUUGGUCCUGUGGACCGGUUGGACCAACCGGCCAGUUGGUCCUGUGGACCGGUUGGACCAACCGGCCAGUUGGUCCUGUGGACCGGUUGGACCAACCGGCCAGUUGGUCCUGUGGACCGGUUGGACCAACCGGCCAGUUGGUCCUGUGGACCGGUUGGACCAACCGGCCAGUUGGUCCUGUGGACCGGUUGGACCAACCGGCCAGUUGGUCCUGUGGACCGGUUGGACCAACCGGCCAGUUGGUCCUGUGGACCGGUUGGACCAACCGGCCAGUUGGUCCUGUGGACCGGUUGGACCAACCGGCCAGUUGGUCCUGUGGACCGGUUGGACCAACCGGCCAGUUGGUCCUGUGGACCGGUUGGACCAACCGGCCAGUUGGUCCUGUGGACCGGUUGGACCAACCGGCCAGUUGGUCCUGUGGACCGGUUGGACCAACCGGCCAGUUGGUCCUGUGGACCGGUUGGACCAACCGGCCAGUUGGUCCUGUGGACCGGUUGGACCAACCGGCCAGUUGGUCCUGUGGACCGGUUGGACCAACCGGCCAGUUGGUCCUGUGGACCGGUUGGACCAACCGGCCAGUUGGUCCUGUGGACCGGUUGGACCAACCGGCCAGUUGGUCCUGUGGACCGGUUGGACCAACCGGCCAGUUGGUCCUGUGGACCGGUUGGACCAACCGGCCAGUUGGUCCUGUGGACCGGUUGGACCAACCGGCCAGUUGGUCCUGUGGACCGGUUGGACCAACCGGCCAGUUGGUCCUGUGGACCGGUUGGACCAACCGGCCAGUUGGUCCUGUGGACCGGUUGGACCAACCGGCCAGUUGGUCCUGUGGACCGGUUGGACCAACCGGCCAGUUGGUCCUGUGGACCGGUUGGACCAACCGGCCAGUUGGUCCUGUGGACCGGUUGGACCAACCGGCCAGUUGGUCCUGUGGACCGGUUGGACCAACCGGCCAGUUGGUCCUGUGGACCGGUUGGACCAACCGGCCAGUUGGUCCUGUGGACCGGUUGGACCAACCGGCCAGUUGGUCCUGUGGACCGGUUGGACCAACCGGCCAGUUGGUCCUGUGGACCGGUUGGACCAACCGGCCAGUUGGUCCUGUGGACCGGUUGGACCAACCGGCCAGUUGGUCCUGUGGACCGGUUGGACCAACCGGCCAGUUGGUCCUGUGGACCGGUUGGACCAACCGGCCAGUUGGUCCUGUGGACCGGUUGGACCAACCGGCCAGUUGGUCCUGUGGACCGGUUGGACCAACCGGCCAGUUGGUCCUGUGGACCGGUUGGACCAACCGGCCAGUUGGUCCUGUGGACCGGUUGGACCAACCGGCCAGUUGGUCCUGUGGACCGGUUGGACCAACCGGCCAGUUGGUCCUGUGGACCGGUUGGACCAACCGGCCAGUUGGUCCUGUGGACCGGUUGGACCAACCGGCCAGUUGGUCCUGUGGACCGGUUGGACCAACCGGCCAGUUGGUCCUGUGGACCGGUUGGACCAACCGGCCAGUUGGUCCUGUGGACCGGUUGGACCAACCGGCCAGUUGGUCCUGUGGACCGGUUGGACCAACCGGCCAGUUGGUCCUGUGGACCGGUUGGACCAACCGGCCAGUUGGUCCUGUGGACCGGUUGGACCAACCGGCCAGUUGGUCCUGUGGACCGGUUGGACCAACCGGCCAGUUGGUCCUGUGGACCGGUUGGACCAACCGGCCAGUUGGUCCUGUGGACCGGUUGGACCAACCGGCCAGUUGGUCCUGUGGACCGGUUGGACCAACCGGCCAGUUGGUCCUGUGGACCGGUUGGACCAACCGGCCAGUUGGUCCUGUGGACCGGUUGGACCAACCGGCCAGUUGGUCCUGUGGACCGGUUGGACCAACCGGCCAGUUGGUCCUGUGGACCGGUUGGACCAACCGGCCAGUUGGUCCUGUGGACCGGUUGGACCAACCGGCCAGUUGGUCCUGUGGACCGGUUGGACCAACCGGCCAGUUGGUCCUGUGGACCGGUUGGACCAACCGGCCAGUUGGUCCUGUGGACCGGUUGGACCAACCGGCCAGUUGGUCCUGUGGACCGGUUGGACCAACCGGCCAGUUGGUCCUGUGGACCGGUUGGACCAACCGGCCAGUUGGUCCUGUGGACCGGUUGGACCAACCGGCCAGUUGGUCCUGUGGACCGGUUGGACCAACCGGCCAGUUGGUCCUGUGGACCGGUUGGACCAACCGGCCAGUUGGUCCUGUGGACCGGUUGGACCAACCGGCCAGUUGGUCCUGUGGACCGGUUGGACCAACCGGCCAGUUGGUCCUGUGGACCGGUUGGACCAACCGGCCAGUUGGUCCUGUGGACCGGUUGGACCAACCGGCCAGUUGGUCCUGUGGACCGGUUGGACCAACCGGCCAGUUGGUCCUGUGGACCGGUUGGACCAACCGGCCAGUUGGUCCUGUGGACCGGUUGGACCAACCGGCCAGUUGGUCCUGUGGACCGGUUGGACCAACCGGCCAGUUGGUCCUGUGGACCGGUUGGACCAACCGGCCAGUUGGUCCUGUGGACCGGUUGGACCAACCGGCCAGUUGGUCCUGUGGACCGGUUGGACCAACCGGCCAGUUGGUCCUGUGGACCGGUUGGACCAACCGGCCAGUUGGUCCUGUGGACCGGUUGGACCAACCGGCCAGUUGGUCCUGUGGACCGGUUGGACCAACCGGCCAGUUGGUCCUGUGGACCGGUUGGACCAACCGGCCAGUUGGUCCUGUGGACCGGUUGGACCAACCGGCCAGUUGGUCCUGUGGACCGGUUGGACCAACCGGCCAGUUGGUCCUGUGGACCGGUUGGACCAACCGGCCAGUUGGUCCUGUGGACCGGUUGGACCAACCGGCCAGUUGGUCCUGUGGACCGGUUGGACCAACCGGCCAGUUGGUCCUGUGGACCGGUUGGACCAACCGGCCAGUUGGUCCUGUGGACCGGUUGGACCAACCGGCCAGUUGGUCCUGUGGACCGGUUGGACCAACCGGCCAGUUGGUCCUGUGGACCGGUUGGACCAACCGGCCAGUUGGUCCUGUGGACCGGUUGGACCAACCGGCCAGUUGGUCCUGUGGACCGGUUGGACCAACCGGCCAGUUGGUCCUGUGGACCGGUUGGACCAACCGGCCAGUUGGUCCUGUGGACCGGUUGGACCAACCGGCCAGUUGGUCCUGUGGACCGGUUGGACCAACCGGCCAGUUGGUCCUGUGGACCGGUUGGACCAACCGGCCAGUUGGUCCUGUGGACCGGUUGGACCAACCGGCCAGUUGGUCCUGUGGACCGGUUGGACCAACCGGCCAGUUGGUCCUGUGGACCGGUUGGACCAACCGGCCAGUUGGUCCUGUGGACCGGUUGGACCAACCGGCCAGUUGGUCCUGUGGACCGGUUGGACCAACCGGCCAGUUGGUCCUGUGGACCGGUUGGACCAACCGGCCAGUUGGUCCUGUGGACCGGUUGGACCAACCGGCCAGUUGGUCCUGUGGACCGGUUGGACCAACCGGCCAGUUGGUCCUGUGGACCGGUUGGACCAACCGGCCAGUUGGUCCUGUGGACCGGUUGGACCAACCGGCCAGUUGGUCCUGUGGACCGGUUGGACCAACCGGCCAGUUGGUCCUGUGGACCGGUUGGACCAACCGGCCAGUUGGUCCUGUGGACCGGUUGGACCAACCGGCCAGUUGGUCCUGUGGACCGGUUGGACCAACCGGCCAGUUGGUCCUGUGGACCGGUUGGACCAACCGGCCAGUUGGUCCUGUGGACCGGUUGGACCAACCGGCCAGUUGGUCCUGUGGACCGGUUGGACCAACCGGCCAGUUGGUCCUGUGGACCGGUUGGACCAACCGGCCAGUUGGUCCUGUGGACCGGUUGGACCAACCGGCCAGUUGGUCCUGUGGACCGGUUGGACCAACCGGCCAGUUGGUCCUGUGGACCGGUUGGACCAACCGGCCAGUUGGUCCUGUGGACCGGUUGGACCAACCGGCCAGUUGGUCCUGUGGACCGGUUGGACCAACCGGCCAGUUGGUCCUGUGGACCGGUUGGACCAACCGGCCAGUUGGUCCUGUGGACCGGUUGGACCAACCGGCCAGUUGGUCCUGUGGACCGGUUGGACCAACCGGCCAGUUGGUCCUGUGGACCGGUUGGACCAACCGGCCAGUUGGUCCUGUGGACCGGUUGGACCAACCGGCCAGUUGGUCCUGUGGACCGGUUGGACCAACCGGCCAGUUGGUCCUGUGGACCGGUUGGACCAACCGGCCAGUUGGUCCUGUGGACCGGUUGGACCAACCGGCCAGUUGGUCCUGUGGACCGGUUGGACCAACCGGCCAGUUGGUCCUGUGGACCGGUUGGACCAACCGGCCAGUUGGUCCUGUGGACCGGUUGGACCAACCGGCCAGUUGGUCCUGUGGACCGGUUGGACCAACCGGCCAGUUGGUCCUGUGGACCGGUUGGACCAACCGGCCAGUUGGUCCUGUGGACCGGUUGGACCAACCGGCCAGUUGGUCCUGUGGACCGGUUGGACCAACCGGCCAGUUGGUCCUGUGGACCGGUUGGACCAACCGGCCAGUUGGUCCUGUGGACCGGUUGGACCAACCGGCCAGUUGGUCCUGUGGACCGGUUGGACCAACCGGCCAGUUGGUCCUGUGGACCGGUUGGACCAACCGGCCAGUUGGUCCUGUGGACCGGUUGGACCAACCGGCCAGUUGGUCCUGUGGACCGGUUGGACCAACCGGCCAGUUGGUCCUGUGGACCGGUUGGACCAACCGGCCAGUUGGUCCUGUGGACCGGUUGGACCAACCGGCCAGUUGGUCCUGUGGACCGGUUGGACCAACCGGCCAGUUGGUCCUGUGGACCGGUUGGACCAACCGGCCAGUUGGUCCUGUGGACCGGUUGGACCAACCGGCCAGUUGGUCCUGUGGACCGGUUGGACCAACCGGCCAGUUGGUCCUGUGGACCGGUUGGACCAACCGGCCAGUUGGUCCUGUGGACCGGUUGGACCAACCGGCCAGUUGGUCCUGUGGACCGGUUGGACCAACCGGCCAGUUGGUCCUGUGGACCGGUUGGACCAACCGGCCAGUUGGUCCUGUGGACCGGUUGGACCAACCGGCCAGUUGGUCCUGUGGACCGGUUGGACCAACCGGCCAGUUGGUCCUGUGGACCGGUUGGACCAACCGGCCAGUUGGUCCUGUGGACCGGUUGGACCAACCGGCCAGUUGGUCCUGUGGACCGGUUGGACCAACCGGCCAGUUGGUCCUGUGGACCGGUUGGACCAACCGGCCAGUUGGUCCUGUGGACCGGUUGGACCAACCGGCCAGUUGGUCCUGUGGACCGGUUGGACCAACCGGCCAGUUGGUCCUGUGGACCGGUUGGACCAACCGGCCAGUUGGUCCUGUGGACCGGUUGGACCAACCGGCCAGUUGGUCCUGUGGACCGGUUGGACCAACCGGCCAGUUGGUCCUGUGGACCGGUUGGACCAACCGGCCAGUUGGUCCUGUGGACCGGUUGGACCAACCGGCCAGUUGGUCCUGUGGACCGGUUGGACCAACCGGCCAGUUGGUCCUGUGGACCGGUUGGACCAACCGGCCAGUUGGUCCUGUGGACCGGUUGGACCAACCGGCCAGUUGGUCCUGUGGACCGGUUGGACCAACCGGCCAGUUGGUCCUGUGGACCGGUUGGACCAACCGGCCAGUUGGUCCUGUGGACCGGUUGGACCAACCGGCCAGUUGGUCCUGUGGACCGGUUGGACCAACCGGCCAGUUGGUCCUGUGGACCGGUUGGACCAACCGGCCAGUUGGUCCUGUGGACCGGUUGGACCAACCGGCCAGUUGGUCCUGUGGACCGGUUGGACCAACCGGCCAGUUGGUCCUGUGGACCGGUUGGACCAACCGGCCAGUUGGUCCUGUGGACCGGUUGGACCAACCGGCCAGUUGGUCCUGUGGACCGGUUGGACCAACCGGCCAGUUGGUCCUGUGGACCGGUUGGACCAACCGGCCAGUUGGUCCUGUGGACCGGUUGGACCAACCGGCCAGUUGGUCCUGUGGACCGGUUGGACCAACCGGCCAGUUGGUCCUGUGGACCGGUUGGACCAACCGGCCAGUUGGUCCUGUGGACCGGUUGGACCAACCGGCCAGUUGGUCCUGUGGACCGGUUGGACCAACCGGCCAGUUGGUCCUGUGGACCGGUUGGACCAACCGGCCAGUUGGUCCUGUGGACCGGUUGGACCAACCGGCCAGUUGGUCCUGUGGACCGGUUGGACCAACCGGCCAGUUGGUCCUGUGGACCGGUUGGACCAACCGGCCAGUUGGUCCUGUGGACCGGUUGGACCAACCGGCCAGUUGGUCCUGUGGACCGGUUGGACCAACCGGCCAGUUGGUCCUGUGGACCGGUUGGACCAACCGGCCAGUUGGUCCUGUGGACCGGUUGGACCAACCGGCCAGUUGGUCCUGUGGACCGGUUGGACCAACCGGCCAGUUGGUCCUGUGGACCGGUUGGACCAACCGGCCAGUUGGUCCUGUGGACCGGUUGGACCAACCGGCCAGUUGGUCCUGUGGACCGGUUGGACCAACCGGCCAGUUGGUCCUGUGGACCGGUUGGACCAACCGGCCAGUUGGUCCUGUGGACCGGUUGGACCAACCGGCCAGUUGGUCCUGUGGACCGGUUGGACCAACCGGCCAGUUGGUCCUGUGGACCGGUUGGACCAACCGGCCAGUUGGUCCUGUGGACCGGUUGGACCAACCGGCCAGUUGGUCCUGUGGACCGGUUGGACCAACCGGCCAGUUGGUCCUGUGGACCGGUUGGACCAACCGGCCAGUUGGUCCUGUGGACCGGUUGGACCAACCGGCCAGUUGGUCCUGUGGACCGGUUGGACCAACCGGCCAGUUGGUCCUGUGGACCGGUUGGACCAACCGGCCAGUUGGUCCUGUGGACCGGUUGGACCAACCGGCCAGUUGGUCCUGUGGACCGGUUGGACCAACCGGCCAGUUGGUCCUGUGGACCGGUUGGACCAACCGGCCAGUUGGUCCUGUGGACCGGUUGGACCAACCGGCCAGUUGGUCCUGUGGACCGGUUGGACCAACCGGCCAGUUGGUCCUGUGGACCGGUUGGACCAACCGGCCAGUUGGUCCUGUGGACCGGUUGGACCAACCGGCCAGUUGGUCCUGUGGACCGGUUGGACCAACCGGCCAGUUGGUCCUGUGGACCGGUUGGACCAACCGGCCAGUUGGUCCUGUGGACCGGUUGGACCAACCGGCCAGUUGGUCCUGUGGACCGGUUGGACCAACCGGCCAGUUGGUCCUGUGGACCGGUUGGACCAACCGGCCAGUUGGUCCUGUGGACCGGUUGGACCAACCGGCCAGUUGGUCCUGUGGACCGGUUGGACCAACCGGCCAGUUGGUCCUGUGGACCGGUUGGACCAACCGGCCAGUUGGUCCUGUGGACCGGUUGGACCAACCGGCCAGUUGGUCCUGUGGACCGGUUGGACCAACCGGCCAGUUGGUCCUGUGGACCGGUUGGACCAACCGGCCAGUUGGUCCUGUGGACCGGUUGGACCAACCGGCCAGUUGGUCCUGUGGACCGGUUGGACCAACCGGCCAGUUGGUCCUGUGGACCGGUUGGACCAACCGGCCAGUUGGUCCUGUGGACCGGUUGGACCAACCGGCCAGUUGGUCCUGUGGACCGGUUGGACCAACCGGCCAGUUGGUCCUGUGGACCGGUUGGACCAACCGGCCAGUUGGUCCUGUGGACCGGUUGGACCAACCGGCCAGUUGGUCCUGUGGACCGGUUGGACCAACCGGCCAGUUGGUCCUGUGGACCGGUUGGACCAACCGGCCAGUUGGUCCUGUGGACCGGUUGGACCAACCGGCCAGUUGGUCCUGUGGACCGGUUGGACCAACCGGCCAGUUGGUCCUGUGGACCGGUUGGACCAACCGGCCAGUUGGUCCUGUGGACCGGUUGGACCAACCGGCCAGUUGGUCCUGUGGACCGGUUGGACCAACCGGCCAGUUGGUCCUGUGGACCGGUUGGACCAACCGGCCAGUUGGUCCUGUGGACCGGUUGGACCAACCGGCCAGUUGGUCCUGUGGACCGGUUGGACCAACCGGCCAGUUGGUCCUGUGGACCGGUUGGACCAACCGGCCAGUUGGUCCUGUGGACCGGUUGGACCAACCGGCCAGUUGGUCCUGUGGACCGGUUGGACCAACCGGCCAGUUGGUCCUGUGGACCGGUUGGACCAACCGGCCAGUUGGUCCUGUGGACCGGUUGGACCAACCGGCCAGUUGGUCCUGUGGACCGGUUGGACCAACCGGCCAGUUGGUCCUGUGGACCGGUUGGACCAACCGGCCAGUUGGUCCUGUGGACCGGUUGGACCAACCGGCCAGUUGGUCCUGUGGACCGGUUGGACCAACCGGCCAGUUGGUCCUGUGGACCGGUUGGACCAACCGGCCAGUUGGUCCUGUGGACCGGUUGGACCAACCGGCCAGUUGGUCCUGUGGACCGGUUGGACCAACCGGCCAGUUGGUCCUGUGGACCGGUUGGACCAACCGGCCAGUUGGUCCUGUGGACCGGUUGGACCAACCGGCCAGUUGGUCCUGUGGACCGGUUGGACCAACCGGCCAGUUGGUCCUGUGGACCGGUUGGACCAACCGGCCAGUUGGUCCUGUGGACCGGUUGGACCAACCGGCCAGUUGGUCCUGUGGACCGGUUGGACCAACCGGCCAGUUGGUCCUGUGGACCGGUUGGACCAACCGGCCAGUUGGUCCUGUGGACCGGUUGGACCAACCGGCCAGUUGGUCCUGUGGACCGGUUGGACCAACCGGCCAGUUGGUCCUGUGGACCGGUUGGACCAACCGGCCAGUUGGUCCUGUGGACCGGUUGGACCAACCGGCCAGUUGGUCCUGUGGACCGGUUGGACCAACCGGCCAGUUGGUCCUGUGGACCGGUUGGACCAACCGGCCAGUUGGUCCUGUGGACCGGUUGGACCAACCGGCCAGUUGGUCCUGUGGACCGGUUGGACCAACCGGCCAGUUGGUCCUGUGGACCGGUUGGACCAACCGGCCAGUUGGUCCUGUGGACCGGUUGGACCAACCGGCCAGUUGGUCCUGUGGACCGGUUGGACCAACCGGCCAGUUGGUCCUGUGGACCGGUUGGACCAACCGGCCAGUUGGUCCUGUGGACCGGUUGGACCAACCGGCCAGUUGGUCCUGUGGACCGGUUGGACCAACCGGCCAGUUGGUCCUGUGGACCGGUUGGACCAACCGGCCAGUUGGUCCUGUGGACCGGUUGGACCAACCGGCCAGUUGGUCCUGUGGACCGGUUGGACCAACCGGCCAGUUGGUCCUGUGGACCGGUUGGACCAACCGGCCAGUUGGUCCUGUGGACCGGUUGGACCAACCGGCCAGUUGGUCCUGUGGACCGGUUGGACCAACCGGCCAGUUGGUCCUGUGGACCGGUUGGACCAACCGGCCAGUUGGUCCUGUGGACCGGUUGGACCAACCGGCCAGUUGGUCCUGUGGACCGGUUGGACCAACCGGCCAGUUGGUCCUGUGGACCGGUUGGACCAACCGGCCAGUUGGUCCUGUGGACCGGUUGGACCAACCGGCCAGUUGGUCCUGUGGACCGGUUGGACCAACCGGCCAGUUGGUCCUGUGGACCGGUUGGACCAACCGGCCAGUUGGUCCUGUGGACCGGUUGGACCAACCGGCCAGUUGGUCCUGUGGACCGGUUGGACCAACCGGCCAGUUGGUCCUGUGGACCGGUUGGACCAACCGGCCAGUUGGUCCUGUGGACCGGUUGGACCAACCGGCCAGUUGGUCCUGUGGACCGGUUGGACCAACCGGCCAGUUGGUCCUGUGGACCGGUUGGACCAACCGGCCAGUUGGUCCUGUGGACCGGUUGGACCAACCGGCCAGUUGGUCCUGUGGACCGGUUGGACCAACCGGCCAGUUGGUCCUGUGGACCGGUUGGACCAACCGGCCAGUUGGUCCUGUGGACCGGUUGGACCAACCGGCCAGUUGGUCCUGUGGACCGGUUGGACCAACCGGCCAGUUGGUCCUGUGGACCGGUUGGACCAACCGGCCAGUUGGUCCUGUGGACCGGUUGGACCAACCGGCCAGUUGGUCCUGUGGACCGGUUGGACCAACCGGCCAGUUGGUCCUGUGGACCGGUUGGACCAACCGGCCAGUUGGUCCUGUGGACCGGUUGGACCAACCGGCCAGUUGGUCCUGUGGACCGGUUGGACCAACCGGCCAGUUGGUCCUGUGGACCGGUUGGACCAACCGGCCAGUUGGUCCUGUGGACCGGUUGGACCAACCGGCCAGUUGGUCCUGUGGACCGGUUGGACCAACCGGCCAGUUGGUCCUGUGGACCGGUUGGACCAACCGGCCAGUUGGUCCUGUGGACCGGUUGGACCAACCGGCCAGUUGGUCCUGUGGACCGGUUGGACCAACCGGCCAGUUGGUCCUGUGGACCGGUUGGACCAACCGGCCAGUUGGUCCUGUGGACCGGUUGGACCAACCGGCCAGUUGGUCCUGUGGACCGGUUGGACCAACCGGCCAGUUGGUCCUGUGGACCGGUUGGACCAACCGGCCAGUUGGUCCUGUGGACCGGUUGGACCAACCGGCCAGUUGGUCCUGUGGACCGGUUGGACCAACCGGCCAGUUGGUCCUGUGGACCGGUUGGACCAACCGGCCAGUUGGUCCUGUGGACCGGUUGGACCAACCGGCCAGUUGGUCCUGUGGACCGGUUGGACCAACCGGCCAGUUGGUCCUGUGGACCGGUUGGACCAACCGGCCAGUUGGUCCUGUGGACCGGUUGGACCAACCGGCCAGUUGGUCCUGUGGACCGGUUGGACCAACCGGCCAGUUGGUCCUGUGGACCGGUUGGACCAACCGGCCAGUUGGUCCUGUGGACCGGUUGGACCAACCGGCCAGUUGGUCCUGUGGACCGGUUGGACCAACCGGCCAGUUGGUCCUGUGGACCGGUUGGACCAACCGGCCAGUUGGUCCUGUGGACCGGUUGGACCAACCGGCCAGUUGGUCCUGUGGACCGGUUGGACCAACCGGCCAGUUGGUCCUGUGGACCGGUUGGACCAACCGGCCAGUUGGUCCUGUGGACCGGUUGGACCAACCGGCCAGUUGGUCCUGUGGACCGGUUGGACCAACCGGCCAGUUGGUCCUGUGGACCGGUUGGACCAACCGGCCAGUUGGUCCUGUGGACCGGUUGGACCAACCGGCCAGUUGGUCCUGUGGACCGGUUGGACCAACCGGCCAGUUGGUCCUGUGGACCGGUUGGACCAACCGGCCAGUUGGUCCUGUGGACCGGUUGGACCAACCGGCCAGUUGGUCCUGUGGACCGGUUGGACCAACCGGCCAGUUGGUCCUGUGGACCGGUUGGACCAACCGGCCAGUUGGUCCUGUGGACCGGUUGGACCAACCGGCCAGUUGGUCCUGUGGACCGGUUGGACCAACCGGCCAGUUGGUCCUGUGGACCGGUUGGACCAACCGGCCAGUUGGUCCUGUGGACCGGUUGGACCAACCGGCCAGUUGGUCCUGUGGACCGGUUGGACCAACCGGCCAGUUGGUCCUGUGGACCGGUUGGACCAACCGGCCAGUUGGUCCUGUGGACCGGUUGGACCAACCGGCCAGUUGGUCCUGUGGACCGGUUGGACCAACCGGCCAGUUGGUCCUGUGGACCGGUUGGACCAACCGGCCAGUUGGUCCUGUGGACCGGUUGGACCAACCGGCCAGUUGGUCCUGUGGACCGGUUGGACCAACCGGCCAGUUGGUCCUGUGGACCGGUUGGACCAACCGGCCAGUUGGUCCUGUGGACCGGUUGGACCAACCGGCCAGUUGGUCCUGUGGACCGGUUGGACCAACCGGCCAGUUGGUCCUGUGGACCGGUUGGACCAACCGGCCAGUUGGUCCUGUGGACCGGUUGGACCAACCGGCCAGUUGGUCCUGUGGACCGGUUGGACCAACCGGCCAGUUGGUCCUGUGGACCGGUUGGACCAACCGGCCAGUUGGUCCUGUGGACCGGUUGGACCAACCGGCCAGUUGGUCCUGUGGACCGGUUGGACCAACCGGCCAGUUGGUCCUGUGGACCGGUUGGACCAACCGGCCAGUUGGUCCUGUGGACCGGUUGGACCAACCGGCCAGUUGGUCCUGUGGACCGGUUGGACCAACCGGCCAGUUGGUCCUGUGGACCGGUUGGACCAACCGGCCAGUUGGUCCUGUGGACCGGUUGGACCAACCGGCCAGUUGGUCCUGUGGACCGGUUGGACCAACCGGCCAGUUGGUCCUGUGGACCGGUUGGACCAACCGGCCAGUUGGUCCUGUGGACCGGUUGGACCAACCGGCCAGUUGGUCCUGUGGACCGGUUGGACCAACCGGCCAGUUGGUCCUGUGGACCGGUUGGACCAACCGGCCAGUUGGUCCUGUGGACCGGUUGGACCAACCGGCCAGUUGGUCCUGUGGACCGGUUGGACCAACCGGCCAGUUGGUCCUGUGGACCGGUUGGACCAACCGGCCAGUUGGUCCUGUGGACCGGUUGGACCAACCGGCCAGUUGGUCCUGUGGACCGGUUGGACCAACCGGCCAGUUGGUCCUGUGGACCGGUUGGACCAACCGGCCAGUUGGUCCUGUGGACCGGUUGGACCAACCGGCCAGUUGGUCCUGUGGACCGGUUGGACCAACCGGCCAGUUGGUCCUGUGGACCGGUUGGACCAACCGGCCAGUUGGUCCUGUGGACCGGUUGGACCAACCGGCCAGUUGGUCCUGUGGACCGGUUGGACCAACCGGCCAGUUGGUCCUGUGGACCGGUUGGACCAACCGGCCAGUUGGUCCUGUGGACCGGUUGGACCAACCGGCCAGUUGGUCCUGUGGACCGGUUGGACCAACCGGCCAGUUGGUCCUGUGGACCGGUUGGACCAACCGGCCAGUUGGUCCUGUGGACCGGUUGGACCAACCGGCCAGUUGGUCCUGUGGACCGGUUGGACCAACCGGCCAGUUGGUCCUGUGGACCGGUUGGACCAACCGGCCAGUUGGUCCUGUGGACCGGUUGGACCAACCGGCCAGUUGGUCCUGUGGACCGGUUGGACCAACCGGCCAGUUGGUCCUGUGGACCGGUUGGACCAACCGGCCAGUUGGUCCUGUGGACCGGUUGGACCAACCGGCCAGUUGGUCCUGUGGACCGGUUGGACCAACCGGCCAGUUGGUCCUGUGGACCGGUUGGACCAACCGGCCAGUUGGUCCUGUGGACCGUUGGUCCUGUGGACCGGUUGGACCAACCGGCCAGUUGGUCCUGUGGACCGGUUGGACCAACCGGCCAGUUGGUCCUGUGGACCGGUUGGACCAACCGGCCAGUUGGUCCUGUGGACCGGUUGGACCAACCGGCCAGUUGGUCCUGUGGACCGGUUGGACCAACCGGCCAGUUGGUCCUGUGGACCGGUUGGACCAACCGGCCAGUUGGUCCUGUGGACCGGUUGGACCAACCGGCCAGUUGGUCCUGUGGACCGGUUGGACCAACCGGCCAGUUGGUCCUGUGGACCGGUUGGACCAACCGGCCAGUUGGUCCUGUGGACCGGUUGGACCAACCGGCCAGUUGGUCCUGUGGACCGGUUGGACCAACCGGCCAGUUGGUCCUGUGGACCGGUUGGACCAACCGGCCAGUUGGUCCUGUGGACCGGUUGGACCAACCGGCCAGUUGGUCCUGUGGACCGGUUGGACCAACCGGCCAGUUGGUCCUGUGGACCGGUUGGACCAACCGGCCAGUUGGUCCUGUGGACCGGUUGGACCAACCGGCCAGUUGGUCCUGUGGACCGGUUGGACCAACCGGCCAGUUGGUCCUGUGGACCGGUUGGACCAACCGGCCAGUUGGUCCUGUGGACCGGUUGGACCAACCGGCCAGUUGGUCCUGUGGACCGGUUGGACCAACCGGCCAGUUGGUCCUGUGGACCGGUUGGACCAACCGGCCAGUUGGUCCUGUGGACCGGUUGGACCAACCGGCCAGUUGGUCCUGUGGACCGGUUGGACCAACCGGCCAGUUGGUCCUGUGGACCGGUUGGACCAACCGGCCAGUUGGUCCUGUGGACCGGUUGGACCAACCGGCCAGUUGGUCCUGUGGACCGGUUGGACCAACCGGCCAGUUGGUCCUGUGGACCGGUUGGACCAACCGGCCAGUUGGUCCUGUGGACCGGUUGGACCAACCGGCCAGUUGGUCCUGUGGACCGGUUGGACCAACCGGCCAGUUGGUCCUGUGGACCGGUUGGACCAACCGGCCAGUUGGUCCUGUGGACCGGUUGGACCAACCGGCCAGUUGGUCCUGUGGACCGGUUGGACCAACCGGCCAGUUGGUCCUGUGGACCGGUUGGACCAACCGGCCAGUUGGUCCUGUGGACCGGUUGGACCAACCGGCCAGUUGGUCCUGUGGACCGGUUGGACCAACCGGCCAGUUGGUCCUGUGGACCGGUUGGACCAACCGGCCAGUUGGUCCUGUGGACCGGUUGGACCAACCGGCCAGUUGGUCCUGUGGACCGGUUGGACCAACCGGCCAGUUGGUCCUGUGGACCGGUUGGACCAACCGGCCAGUUGGUCCUGUGGACCGGUUGGACCAACCGGCCAGUUGGUCCUGUGGACCGGUUGGACCAACCGGCCAGUUGGUCCUGUGGACCGGUUGGACCAACCGGCCAGUUGGUCCUGUGGACCGGUUGGACCAACCGGCCAGUUGGUCCUGUGGACCGGUUGGACCAACCGGCCAGUUGGUCCUGUGGACCGGUUGGACCAACCGGCCAGUUGGUCCUGUGGACCGGUUGGACCAACCGGCCAGUUGGUCCUGUGGACCGGUUGGACCAACCGGCCAGUUGGUCCUGUGGACCGGUUGGACCAACCGGCCAGUUGGUCCUGUGGACCGGUUGGACCAACCGGCCAGUUGGUCCUGUGGACCGGUUGGACCAACCGGCCAGUUGGUCCUGUGGACCGGUUGGACCAACCGGCCAGUUGGUCCUGUGGACCGGUUGGACCAACCGGCCAGUUGGUCCUGUGGACCGGUUGGACCAACCGGCCAGUUGGUCCUGUGGACCGGUUGGACCAACCGGCCAGUUGGUCCUGUGGACCGGUUGGACCAACCGGCCAGUUGGUCCUGUGGACCGGUUGGACCAACCGGCCAGUUGGUCCUGUGGACCGGUUGGACCAACCGGCCAGUUGGUCCUGUGGACCGGUUGGACCAACCGGCCAGUUGGUCCUGUGGACCGGUUGGACCAACCGGCCAGUUGGUCCUGUGGACCGGUUGGACCAACCGGCCAGUUGGUCCUGUGGACCGGUUGGACCAACCGGCCAGUUGGUCCUGUGGACCGGUUGGACCAACCGGCCAGUUGGUCCUGUGGACCGGUUGGACCAACCGGCCAGUUGGUCCUGUGGACCGGUUGGACCAACCGGCCAGUUGGUCCUGUGGACCGGUUGGACCAACCGGCCAGUUGGUCCUGUGGACCGGUUGGACCAACCGGCCAGUUGGUCCUGUGGACCGGUUGGACCAACCGGCCAGUUGGUCCUGUGGACCGGUUGGACCAACCGGCCAGUUGGUCCUGUGGACCGGUUGGACCAACCGGCCAGUUGGUCCUGUGGACCGGUUGGACCAACCGGCCAGUUGGUCCUGUGGACCGGUUGGACCAACCGGCCAGUUGGUCCUGUGGACCGGUUGGACCAACCGGCCAGUUGGUCCUGUGGACCGGUUGGACCAACCGGCCAGUUGGUCCUGUGGACCGGUUGGACCAACCGGCCAGUUGGUCCUGUGGACCGGUUGGACCAACCGGCCAGUUGGUCCUGUGGACCGGUUGGACCAACCGGCCAGUUGGUCCUGUGGACCGGUUGGACCAACCGGCCAGUUGGUCCUGUGGACCGGUUGGACCAACCGGCCAGUUGGUCCUGUGGACCGGUUGGACCAACCGGCCAGUUGGUCCUGUGGACCGGUUGGACCAACCGGCCAGUUGGUCCUGUGGACCGGUUGGACCAACCGGCCAGUUGGUCCUGUGGACCGGUUGGACCAACCGGCCAGUUGGUCCUGUGGACCGGUUGGACCAACCGGCCAGUUGGUCCUGUGGACCGGUUGGACCAACCGGCCAGUUGGUCCUGUGGACCGGUUGGACCAACCGGCCAGUUGGUCCUGUGGACCGGUUGGACCAACCGGCCAGUUGGUCCUGUGGACCGGUUGGACCAACCGGCCAGUUGGUCCUGUGGACCGGUUGGACCAACCGGCCAGUUGGUCCUGUGGACCGGUUGGACCAACCGGCCAGUUGGUCCUGUGGACCGGUUGGACCAACCGGCCAGUUGGUCCUGUGGACCGGUUGGACCAACCGGCCAGUUGGUCCUGUGGACCGGUUGGACCAACCGGCCAGUUGGUCCUGUGGACCGGUUGGACCAACCGGCCAGUUGGUCCUGUGGACCGGUUGGACCAACCGGCCAGUUGGUCCUGUGGACCGGUUGGACCAACCGGCCAGUUGGUCCUGUGGACCGGUUGGACCAACCGGCCAGUUGGUCCUGUGGACCGGUUGGACCAACCGGCCAGUUGGUCCUGUGGACCGGUUGGACCAACCGGCCAGUUGGUCCUGUGGACCGGUUGGACCAACCGGCCAGUUGGUCCUGUGGACCGGUUGGACCAACCGGCCAGUUGGUCCUGUGGACCGGUUGGACCAACCGGCCAGUUGGUCCUGUGGACCGGUUGGACCAACCGGCCAGUUGGUCCUGUGGACCGGUUGGACCAACCGGCCAGUUGGUCCUGUGGACCGGUUGGACCAACCGGCCAGUUGGUCCUGUGGACCGGUUGGACCAACCGGCCAGUUGGUCCUGUGGACCGGUUGGACCAACCGGCCAGUUGGUCCUGUGGACCGGUUGGACCAACCGGCCAGUUGGUCCUGUGGACCGGUUGGACCAACCGGCCAGUUGGUCCUGUGGACCGGUUGGACCAACCGGCCAGUUGGUCCUGUGGACCGGUUGGACCAACCGGCCAGUUGGUCCUGUGGACCGGUUGGACCAACCGGCCAGUUGGUCCUGUGGACCGGUUGGACCAACCGGCCAGUUGGUCCUGUGGACCGGUUGGACCAACCGGCCAGUUGGUCCUGUGGACCGGUUGGACCAACCGGCCAGUUGGUCCUGUGGACCGGUUGGACCAACCGGCCAGUUGGUCCUGUGGACCGGUUGGACCAACCGGCCAGUUGGUCCUGUGGACCGGUUGGACCAACCGGCCAGUUGGUCCUGUGGACCGGUUGGACCAACCGGCCAGUUGGUCCUGUGGACCGGUUGGACCAACCGGCCAGUUGGUCCUGUGGACCGGUUGGACCAACCGGCCAGUUGGUCCUGUGGACCGGUUGGACCAACCGGCCAGUUGGUCCUGUGGACCGGUUGGACCAACCGGCCAGUUGGUCCUGUGGACCGGUUGGACCAACCGGCCAGUUGGUCCUGUGGACCGGUUGGACCAACCGGCCAGUUGGUCCUGUGGACCGGUUGGACCAACCGGCCAGUUGGUCCUGUGGACCGGUUGGACCAACCGGCCAGUUGGUCCUGUGGACCGGUUGGACCAACCGGCCAGUUGGUCCUGUGGACCGGUUGGACCAACCGGCCAGUUGGUCCUGUGGACCGGUUGGACCAACCGGCCAGUUGGUCCUGUGGACCGGUUGGACCAACCGGCCAGUUGGUCCUGUGGACCGGUUGGACCAACCGGCCAGUUGGUCCUGUGGACCGGUUGGACCAACCGGCCAGUUGGUCCUGUGGACCGGUUGGACCAACCGGCCAGUUGGUCCUGUGGACCGGUUGGACCAACCGGCCAGUUGGUCCUGUGGACCGGUUGGACCAACCGGCCAGUUGGUCCUGUGGACCGGUUGGACCAACCGGCCAGUUGGUCCUGUGGACCGGUUGGACCAACCGGCCAGUUGGUCCUGUGGACCGGUUGGACCAACCGGCCAGUUGGUCCUGUGGACCGGUUGGACCAACCGGCCAGUUGGUCCUGUGGACCGGUUGGACCAACCGGCCAGUUGGUCCUGUGGACCGGUUGGACCAACCGGCCAGUUGGUCCUGUGGACCGGUUGGACCAACCGGCCAGUUGGUCCUGUGGACCGGUUGGACCAACCGGCCAGUUGGUCCUGUGGACCGGUUGGACCAACCGGCCAGUUGGUCCUGUGGACCGGUUGGACCAACCGGCCAGUUGGUCCUGUGGACCGGUUGGACCAACCGGCCAGUUGGUCCUGUGGACCGGUUGGACCAACCGGCCAGUUGGUCCUGUGGACCGGUUGGACCAACCGGCCAGUUGGUCCUGUGGACCGGUUGGACCAACCGGCCAGUUGGUCCUGUGGACCGGUUGGACCAACCGGCCAGUUGGUCCUGUGGACCGGUUGGACCAACCGGCCAGUUGGUCCUGUGGACCGGUUGGACCAACCGGCCAGUUGGUCCUGUGGACCGGUUGGACCAACCGGCCAGUUGGUCCUGUGGACCGGUUGGACCAACCGGCCAGUUGGUCCUGUGGACCGGUUGGACCAACCGGCCAGUUGGUCCUGUGGACCGGUUGGACCAACCGGCCAGUUGGUCCUGUGGACCGGUUGGACCAACCGGCCAGUUGGUCCUGUGGACCGGUUGGACCAACCGGCCAGUUGGUCCUGUGGACCGGUUGGACCAACCGGCCAGUUGGUCCUGUGGACCGGUUGGACCAACCGGCCAGUUGGUCCUGUGGACCGGUUGGACCAACCGGCCAGUUGGUCCUGUGGACCGGUUGGACCAACCGGCCAGUUGGUCCUGUGGACCGGUUGGACCAACCGGCCAGUUGGUCCUGUGGACCGGUUGGACCAACCGGCCAGUUGGUCCUGUGGACCGGUUGGACCAACCGGCCAGUUGGUCCUGUGGACCGGUUGGACCAACCGGCCAGUUGGUCCUGUGGACCGGUUGGACCAACCGGCCAGUUGGUCCUGUGGACCGGUUGGACCAACCGGCCAGUUGGUCCUGUGGACCGGUUGGACCAACCGGCCAGUUGGUCCUGUGGACCGGUUGGACCAACCGGCCAGUUGGUCCUGUGGACCGGUUGGACCAACCGGCCAGUUGGUCCUGUGGACCGGUUGGACCAACCGGCCAGUUGGUCCUGUGGACCGGUUGGACCAACCGGCCAGUUGGUCCUGUGGACCGGUUGGACCAACCGGCCAGUUGGUCCUGUGGACCGGUUGGACCAACCGGCCAGUUGGUCCUGUGGACCGGUUGGACCAACCGGCCAGUUGGUCCUGUGGACCGGUUGGACCAACCGGCCAGUUGGUCCUGUGGACCGGUUGGACCAACCGGCCAGUUGGUCCUGUGGACCGGUUGGACCAACCGGCCAGUUGGUCCUGUGGACCGGUUGGACCAACCGGCCAGUUGGUCCUGUGGACCGGUUGGACCAACCGGCCAGUUGGUCCUGUGGACCGGUUGGACCAACCGGCCAGUUGGUCCUGUGGACCGGUUGGACCAACCGGCCAGUUGGUCCUGUGGACCGGUUGGACCAACCGGCCAGUUGGUCCUGUGGACCGGUUGGACCAACCGGCCAGUUGGUCCUGUGGACCGGUUGGACCAACCGGCCAGUUGGUCCUGUGGACCGGUUGGACCAACCGGCCAGUUGGUCCUGUGGACCGGUUGGACCAACCGGCCAGUUGGUCCUGUGGACCGGUUGGACCAACCGGCCAGUUGGUCCUGUGGACCGGUUGGACCAACCGGCCAGUUGGUCCUGUGGACCGGUUGGACCAACCGGCCAGUUGGUCCUGUGGACCGGUUGGACCAACCGGCCAGUUGGUCCUGUGGACCGGUUGGACCAACCGGCCAGUUGGUCCUGUGGACCGGUUGGACCAACCGGCCAGUUGGUCCUGUGGACCGGUUGGACCAACCGGCCAGUUGGUCCUGUGGACCGGUUGGACCAACCGGCCAGUUGGUCCUGUGGACCGGUUGGACCAACCGGCCAGUUGGUCCUGUGGACCGGUUGGACCAACCGGCCAGUUGGUCCUGUGGACCGGUUGGACCAACCGGCCAGUUGGUCCUGUGGACCGGUUGGACCAACCGGCCAGUUGGUCCUGUGGACCGGUUGGACCAACCGGCCAGUUGGUCCUGUGGACCGGUUGGACCAACCGGCCAGUUGGUCCUGUGGACCGGUUGGACCAACCGGCCAGUUGGUCCUGUGGACCGGUUGGACCAACCGGCCAGUUGGUCCUGUGGACCGGUUGGACCAACCGGCCAGUUGGUCCUGUGGACCGGUUGGACCAACCGGCCAGUUGGUCCUGUGGACCGGUUGGACCAACCGGCCAGUUGGUCCUGUGGACCGGUUGGACCAACCGGCCAGUUGGUCCUGUGGACCGGUUGGACCAACCGGCCAGUUGGUCCUGUGGACCGGUUGGACCAACCGGCCAGUUGGUCCUGUGGACCGGUUGGACCAACCGGCCAGUUGGUCCUGUGGACCGGUUGGACCAACCGGCCAGUUGGUCCUGUGGACCGGUUGGACCAACCGGCCAGUUGGUCCUGUGGACCGGUUGGACCAACCGGCCAGUUGGUCCUGUGGACCGGUUGGACCAACCGGCCAGUUGGUCCUGUGGACCGGUUGGACCAACCGGCCAGUUGGUCCUGUGGACCGGUUGGACCAACCGGCCAGUUGGUCCUGUGGACCGGUUGGACCAACCGGCCAGUUGGUCCUGUGGACCGGUUGGACCAACCGGCCAGUUGGUCCUGUGGACCGGUUGGACCAACCGGCCAGUUGGUCCUGUGGACCGGUUGGACCAACCGGCCAGUUGGUCCUGUGGACCGGUUGGACCAACCGGCCAGUUGGUCCUGUGGACCGGUUGGACCAACCGGCCAGUUGGUCCUGUGGACCGGUUGGACCAACCGGCCAGUUGGUCCUGUGGACCGGUUGGACCAACCGGCCAGUUGGUCCUGUGGACCGGUUGGACCAACCGGCCAGUUGGUCCUGUGGACCGGUUGGACCAACCGGCCAGUUGGUCCUGUGGACCGGUUGGACCAACCGGCCAGUUGGUCCUGUGGACCGGUUGGACCAACCGGCCAGUUGGUCCUGUGGACCGGUUGGACCAACCGGCCAGUUGGUCCUGUGGACCGGUUGGACCAACCGGCCAGUUGGUCCUGUGGACCGGUUGGACCAACCGGCCAGUUGGUCCUGUGGACCGGUUGGACCAACCGGCCAGUUGGUCCUGUGGACCGGUUGGACCAACCGGCCAGUUGGUCCUGUGGACCGGUUGGACCAACCGGCCAGUUGGUCCUGUGGACCGGUUGGACCAACCGGCCAGUUGGUCCUGUGGACCGGUUGGACCAACCGGCCAGUUGGUCCUGUGGACCGGUUGGACCAACCGGCCAGUUGGUCCUGUGGACCGGUUGGACCAACCGGCCAGUUGGUCCUGUGGACCGGUUGGACCAACCGGCCAGUUGGUCCUGUGGACCGGUUGGACCAACCGGCCAGUUGGUCCUGUGGACCGGUUGGACCAACCGGCCAGUUGGUCCUGUGGACCGGUUGGACCAACCGGCCAGUUGGUCCUGUGGACCGGUUGGACCAACCGGCCAGUUGGUCCUGUGGACCGGUUGGACCAACCGGCCAGUUGGUCCUGUGGACCGGUUGGACCAACCGGCCAGUUGGUCCUGUGGACCGGUUGGACCAACCGGCCAGUUGGUCCUGUGGACCGGUUGGACCAACCGGCCAGUUGGUCCUGUGGACCGGUUGGACCAACCGGCCAGUUGGUCCUGUGGACCGGUUGGACCAACCGGCCAGUUGGUCCUGUGGACCGGUUGGACCAACCGGCCAGUUGGUCCUGUGGACCGGUUGGACCAACCGGCCAGUUGGUCCUGUGGACCGGUUGGACCAACCGGCCAGUUGGUCCUGUGGACCGGUUGGACCAACCGGCCAGUUGGUCCUGUGGACCGGUUGGACCAACCGGCCAGUUGGUCCUGUGGACCGGUUGGACCAACCGGCCAGUUGGUCCUGUGGACCGGUUGGACCAACCGGCCAGUUGGUCCUGUGGACCGGUUGGACCAACCGGCCAGUUGGUCCUGUGGACCGGUUGGACCAACCGGCCAGUUGGUCCUGUGGACCGGUUGGACCAACCGGCCAGUUGGUCCUGUGGACCGGUUGGACCAACCGGCCAGUUGGUCCUGUGGACCGGUUGGACCAACCGGCCAGUUGGUCCUGUGGACCGGUUGGACCAACCGGCCAGUUGGUCCUGUGGACCGGUUGGACCAACCGGCCAGUUGGUCCUGUGGACCGGUUGGACCAACCGGCCAGUUGGUCCUGUGGACCGGUUGGACCAACCGGCCAGUUGGUCCUGUGGACCGGUUGGACCAACCGGCCAGUUGGUCCUGUGGACCGGUUGGACCAACCGGCCAGUUGGUCCUGUGGACCGGUUGGACCAACCGGCCAGUUGGUCCUGUGGACCGGUUGGACCAACCGGCCAGUUGGUCCUGUGGACCGGUUGGACCAACCGGCCAGUUGGUCCUGUGGACCGGUUGGACCAACCGGCCAGUUGGUCCUGUGGACCGGUUGGACCAACCGGCCAGUUGGUCCUGUGGACCGGUUGGACCAACCGGCCAGUUGGUCCUGUGGACCGGUUGGACCAACCGGCCAGUUGGUCCUGUGGACCGGUUGGACCAACCGGCCAGUUGGUCCUGUGGACCGGUUGGACCAACCGGCCAGUUGGUCCUGUGGACCGGUUGGACCAACCGGCCAGUUGGUCCUGUGGACCGGUUGGACCAACCGGCCAGUUGGUCCUGUGGACCGGUUGGACCAACCGGCCAGUUGGUCCUGUGGACCGGUUGGACCAACCGGCCAGUUGGUCCUGUGGACCGGUUGGACCAACCGGCCAGUUGGUCCUGUGGACCGGUUGGACCAACCGGCCAGUUGGUCCUGUGGACCGGUUGGACCAACCGGCCAGUUGGUCCUGUGGACCGGUUGGACCAACCGGCCAGUUGGUCCUGUGGACCGGUUGGACCAACCGGCCAGUUGGUCCUGUGGACCGGUUGGACCAACCGGCCAGUUGGUCCUGUGGACCGGUUGGACCAACCGGCCAGUUGGUCCUGUGGACCGGUUGGACCAACCGGCCAGUUGGUCCUGUGGACCGGUUGGACCAACCGGCCAGUUGGUCCUGUGGACCGGUUGGACCAACCGGCCAGUUGGUCCUGUGGACCGGUUGGACCAACCGGCCAGUUGGUCCUGUGGACCGGUUGGACCAACCGGCCAGUUGGUCCUGUGGACCGGUUGGACCAACCGGCCAGUUGGUCCUGUGGACCGGUUGGACCAACCGGCCAGUUGGUCCUGUGGACCGGUUGGACCAACCGGCCAGUUGGUCCUGUGGACCGGUUGGACCAACCGGCCAGUUGGUCCUGUGGACCGGUUGGACCAACCGGCCAGUUGGUCCUGUGGACCGGUUGGACCAACCGGCCAGUUGGUCCUGUGGACCGGUUGGACCAACCGGCCAGUUGGUCCUGUGGACCGGUUGGACCAACCGGCCAGUUGGUCCUGUGGACCGGUUGGACCAACCGGCCAGUUGGUCCUGUGGACCGGUUGGACCAACCGGCCAGUUGGUCCUGUGGACCGGUUGGACCAACCGGCCAGUUGGUCCUGUGGACCGGUUGGACCAACCGGCCAGUUGGUCCUGUGGACCGGUUGGACCAACCGGCCAGUUGGUCCUGUGGACCGGUUGGACCAACCGGCCAGUUGGUCCUGUGGACCGGUUGGACCAACCGGCCAGUUGGUCCUGUGGACCGGUUGGACCAACCGGCCAGUUGGUCCUGUGGACCGGUUGGACCAACCGGCCAGUUGGUCCUGUGGACCGGUUGGACCAACCGGCCAGUUGGUCCUGUGGACCGGUUGGACCAACCGGCCAGUUGGUCCUGUGGACCGGUUGGACCAACCGGCCAGUUGGUCCUGUGGACCGGUUGGACCAACCGGCCAGUUGGUCCUGUGGACCGGUUGGACCAACCGGCCAGUUGGUCCUGUGGACCGGUUGGACCAACCGGCCAGUUGGUCCUGUGGACCGGUUGGACCAACCGGCCAGUUGGUCCUGUGGACCGGUUGGACCAACCGGCCAGUUGGUCCUGUGGACCGGUUGGACCAACCGGCCAGUUGGUCCUGUGGACCGGUUGGACCAACCGGCCAGUUGGUCCUGUGGACCGGUUGGACCAACCGGCCAGUUGGUCCUGUGGACCGGUUGGACCAACCGGCCAGUUGGUCCUGUGGACCGGUUGGACCAACCGGCCAGUUGGUCCUGUGGACCGGUUGGACCAACCGGCCAGUUGGUCCUGUGGACCGGUUGGACCAACCGGCCAGUUGGUCCUGUGGACCGGUUGGACCAACCGGCCAGUUGGUCCUGUGGACCGGUUGGACCAACCGGCCAGUUGGUCCUGUGGACCGGUUGGACCAACCGGCCAGUUGGUCCUGUGGACCGGUUGGACCAACCGGCCAGUUGGUCCUGUGGACCGGUUGGACCAACCGGCCAGUUGGUCCUGUGGACCGGUUGGACCAACCGGCCAGUUGGUCCUGUGGACCGGUUGGACCAACCGGCCAGUUGGUCCUGUGGACCGGUUGGACCAACCGGCCAGUUGGUCCUGUGGACCGGUUGGACCAACCGGCCAGUUGGUCCUGUGGACCGGUUGGACCAACCGGCCAGUUGGUCCUGUGGACCGGUUGGACCAACCGGCCAGUUGGUCCUGUGGACCGGUUGGACCAACCGGCCAGUUGGUCCUGUGGACCGGUUGGACCAACCGGCCAGUUGGUCCUGUGGACCGGUUGGACCAACCGGCCAGUUGGUCCUGUGGACCGGUUGGACCAACCGGCCAGUUGGUCCUGUGGACCGGUUGGACCAACCGGCCAGUUGGUCCUGUGGACCGGUUGGACCAACCGGCCAGUUGGUCCUGUGGACCGGUUGGACCAACCGGCCAGUUGGUCCUGUGGACCGGUUGGACCAACCGGCCAGUUGGUCCUGUGGACCGGUUGGACCAACCGGCCAGUUGGUCCUGUGGACCGGUUGGACCAACCGGCCAGUUGGUCCUGUGGACCGGUUGGACCAACCGGCCAGUUGGUCCUGUGGACCGGUUGGACCAACCGGCCAGUUGGUCCUGUGGACCGGUUGGACCAACCGGCCAGUUGGUCCUGUGGACCGGUUGGACCAACCGGCCAGUUGGUCCUGUGGACCGGUUGGACCAACCGGCCAGUUGGUCCUGUGGACCGGUUGGACCAACCGGCCAGUUGGUCCUGUGGACCGGUUGGACCAACCGGCCAGUUGGUCCUGUGGACCGGUUGGACCAACCGGCCAGUUGGUCCUGUGGACCGGUUGGACCAACCGGCCAGUUGGUCCUGUGGACCGGUUGGACCAACCGGCCAGUUGGUCCUGUGGACCGGUUGGACCAACCGGCCAGUUGGUCCUGUGGACCGGUUGGACCAACCGGCCAGUUGGUCCUGUGGACCGGUUGGACCAACCGGCCAGUUGGUCCUGUGGACCGGUUGGACCAACCGGCCAGUUGGUCCUGUGGACCGGUUGGACCAACCGGCCAGUUGGUCCUGUGGACCGGUUGGACCAACCGGCCAGUUGGUCCUGUGGACCGGUUGGACCAACCGGCCAGUUGGUCCUGUGGACCGGUUGGACCAACCGGCCAGUUGGUCCUGUGGACCGGUUGGACCAACCGGCCAGUUGGUCCUGUGGACCGGUUGGACCAACCGGCCAGUUGGUCCUGUGGACCGGUUGGACCAACCGGCCAGUUGGUCCUGUGGACCGGUUGGACCAACCGGCCAGUUGGUCCUGUGGACCGGUUGGACCAACCGGCCAGUUGGUCCUGUGGACCGGUUGGACCAACCGGCCAGUUGGUCCUGUGGACCGGUUGGACCAACCGGCCAGUUGGUCCUGUGGACCGGUUGGACCAACCGGCCAGUUGGUCCUGUGGACCGGUUGGACCAACCGGCCAGUUGGUCCUGUGGACCGGUUGGACCAACCGGCCAGUUGGUCCUGUGGACCGGUUGGACCAACCGGCCAGUUGGUCCUGUGGACCGGUUGGACCAACCGGCCAGUUGGUCCUGUGGACCGGUUGGACCAACCGGCCAGUUGGUCCUGUGGACCGGUUGGACCAACCGGCCAGUUGGUCCUGUGGACCGGUUGGACCAACCGGCCAGUUGGUCCUGUGGACCGGUUGGACCAACCGGCCAGUUGGUCCUGUGGACCGGUUGGACCAACCGGCCAGUUGGUCCUGUGGACCGGUUGGACCAACCGGCCAGUUGGUCCUGUGGACCGGUUGGACCAACCGGCCAGUUGGUCCUGUGGACCGGUUGGACCAACCGGCCAGUUGGUCCUGUGGACCGGUUGGACCAACCGGCCAGUUGGUCCUGUGGACCGGUUGGACCAACCGGCCAGUUGGUCCUGUGGACCGGUUGGACCAACCGGCCAGUUGGUCCUGUGGACCGGUUGGACCAACCGGCCAGUUGGUCCUGUGGACCGGUUGGACCAACCGGCCAGUUGGUCCUGUGGACCGGUUGGACCAACCGGCCAGUUGGUCCUGUGGACCGGUUGGACCAACCGGCCAGUUGGUCCUGUGGACCGGUUGGACCAACCGGCCAGUUGGUCCUGUGGACCGGUUGGACCAACCGGCCAGUUGGUCCUGUGGACCGGUUGGACCAACCGGCCAGUUGGUCCUGUGGACCGGUUGGACCAACCGGCCAGUUGGUCCUGUGGACCGGUUGGACCAACCGGCCAGUUGGUCCUGUGGACCGGUUGGACCAACCGGCCAGUUGGUCCUGUGGACCGGUUGGACCAACCGGCCAGUUGGUCCUGUGGACCGGUUGGACCAACCGGCCAGUUGGUCCUGUGGACCGGUUGGACCAACCGGCCAGUUGGUCCUGUGGACCGGUUGGACCAACCGGCCAGUUGGUCCUGUGGACCGGUUGGACCAACCGGCCAGUUGGUCCUGUGGACCGGUUGGACCAACCGGCCAGUUGGUCCUGUGGACCGGUUGGACCAACCGGCCAGUUGGUCCUGUGGACCGGUUGGACCAACCGGCCAGUUGGUCCUGUGGACCGGUUGGACCAACCGGCCAGUUGGUCCUGUGGACCGGUUGGACCAACCGGCCAGUUGGUCCUGUGGACCGGUUGGACCAACCGGCCAGUUGGUCCUGUGGACCGGUUGGACCAACCGGCCAGUUGGUCCUGUGGACCGGUUGGACCAACCGGCCAGUUGGUCCUGUGGACCGGUUGGACCAACCGGCCAGUUGGUCCUGUGGACCGGUUGGACCAACCGGCCAGUUGGUCCUGUGGACCGGUUGGACCAACCGGCCAGUUGGUCCUGUGGACCGGUUGGACCAACCGGCCAGUUGGUCCUGUGGACCGGUUGGACCAACCGGCCAGUUGGUCCUGUGGACCGGUUGGACCAACCGGCCAGUUGGUCCUGUGGACCGGUUGGACCAACCGGCCAGUUGGUCCUGUGGACCGGUUGGACCAACCGGCCAGUUGGUCCUGUGGACCGGUUGGACCAACCGGCCAGUUGGUCCUGUGGACCGGUUGGACCAACCGGCCAGUUGGUCCUGUGGACCGGUUGGACCAACCGGCCAGUUGGUCCUGUGGACCGGUUGGACCAACCGGCCAGUUGGUCCUGUGGACCGGUUGGACCAACCGGCCAGUUGGUCCUGUGGACCGGUUGGACCAACCGGCCAGUUGGUCCUGUGGACCGGUUGGACCAACCGGCCAGUUGGUCCUGUGGACCGGUUGGACCAACCGGCCAGUUGGUCCUGUGGACCGGUUGGACCAACCGGCCAGUUGGUCCUGUGGACCGGUUGGACCAACCGGCCAGUUGGUCCUGUGGACCGGUUGGACCAACCGGCCAGUUGGUCCUGUGGACCGGUUGGACCAACCGGCCAGUUGGUCCUGUGGACCGGUUGGACCAACCGGCCAGUUGGUCCUGUGGACCGGUUGGACCAACCGGCCAGUUGGUCCUGUGGACCGGUUGGACCAACCGGCCAGUUGGUCCUGUGGACCGGUUGGACCAACCGGCCAGUUGGUCCUGUGGACCGGUUGGACCAACCGGCCAGUUGGUCCUGUGGACCGGUUGGACCAACCGGCCAGUUGGUCCUGUGGACCGGUUGGACCAACCGGCCAGUUGGUCCUGUGGACCGUUGGUCCUGUGGACCGGUUGGACCAACCGGCCAGUUGGUCCUGUGGACCGGUUGGACCAACCGGCCAGUUGGUCCUGUGGACCGGUUGGACCAACCGGCCAGUUGGUCCUGUGGACCGGUUGGACCAACCGGCCAGUUGGUCCUGUGGACCGGUUGGACCAACCGGCCAGUUGGUCCUGUGGACCGGUUGGACCAACCGGCCAGUUGGUCCUGUGGACCGGUUGGACCAACCGGCCAGUUGGUCCUGUGGACCGGUUGGACCAACCGGCCAGUUGGUCCUGUGGACCGGUUGGACCAACCGGCCAGUUGGUCCUGUGGACCGGUUGGACCAACCGGCCAGUUGGUCCUGUGGACCGGUUGGACCAACCGGCCAGUUGGUCCUGUGGACCGGUUGGACCAACCGGCCAGUUGGUCCUGUGGACCGGUUGGACCAACCGGCCAGUUGGUCCUGUGGACCGGUUGGACCAACCGGCCAGUUGGUCCUGUGGACCGGUUGGACCAACCGGCCAGUUGGUCCUGUGGACCGGUUGGACCAACCGGCCAGUUGGUCCUGUGGACCGGUUGGACCAACCGGCCAGUUGGUCCUGUGGACCGGUUGGACCAACCGGCCAGUUGGUCCUGUGGACCGGUUGGACCAACCGGCCAGUUGGUCCUGUGGACCGGUUGGACCAACCGGCCAGUUGGUCCUGUGGACCGGUUGGACCAACCGGCCAGUUGGUCCUGUGGACCGGUUGGACCAACCGGCCAGUUGGUCCUGUGGACCGGUUGGACCAACCGGCCAGUUGGUCCUGUGGACCGGUUGGACCAACCGGCCAGUUGGUCCUGUGGACCGGUUGGACCAACCGGCCAGUUGGUCCUGUGGACCGGUUGGACCAACCGGCCAGUUGGUCCUGUGGACCGGUUGGACCAACCGGCCAGUUGGUCCUGUGGACCGGUUGGACCAACCGGCCAGUUGGUCCUGUGGACCGGUUGGACCAACCGGCCAGUUGGUCCUGUGGACCGGUUGGACCAACCGGCCAGUUGGUCCUGUGGACCGGUUGGACCAACCGGCCAGUUGGUCCUGUGGACCGGUUGGACCAACCGGCCAGUUGGUCCUGUGGACCGGUUGGACCAACCGGCCAGUUGGUCCUGUGGACCGGUUGGACCAACCGGCCAGUUGGUCCUGUGGACCGGUUGGACCAACCGGCCAGUUGGUCCUGUGGACCGGUUGGACCAACCGGCCAGUUGGUCCUGUGGACCGGUUGGACCAACCGGCCAGUUGGUCCUGUGGACCGGUUGGACCAACCGGCCAGUUGGUCCUGUGGACCGGUUGGACCAACCGGCCAGUUGGUCCUGUGGACCGGUUGGACCAACCGGCCAGUUGGUCCUGUGGACCGGUUGGACCAACCGGCCAGUUGGUCCUGUGGACCGGUUGGACCAACCGGCCAGUUGGUCCUGUGGACCGGUUGGACCAACCGGCCAGUUGGUCCUGUGGACCGGUUGGACCAACCGGCCAGUUGGUCCUGUGGACCGGUUGGACCAACCGGCCAGUUGGUCCUGUGGACCGGUUGGACCAACCGGCCAGUUGGUCCUGUGGACCGGUUGGACCAACCGGCCAGUUGGUCCUGUGGACCGGUUGGACCAACCGGCCAGUUGGUCCUGUGGACCGGUUGGACCAACCGGCCAGUUGGUCCUGUGGACCGGUUGGACCAACCGGCCAGUUGGUCCUGUGGACCGGUUGGACCAACCGGCCAGUUGGUCCUGUGGACCGGUUGGACCAACCGGCCAGUUGGUCCUGUGGACCGGUUGGACCAACCGGCCAGUUGGUCCUGUGGACCGGUUGGACCAACCGGCCAGUUGGUCCUGUGGACCGGUUGGACCAACCGGCCAGUUGGUCCUGUGGACCGGUUGGACCAACCGGCCAGUUGGUCCUGUGGACCGGUUGGACCAACCGGCCAGUUGGUCCUGUGGACCGGUUGGACCAACCGGCCAGUUGGUCCUGUGGACCGGUUGGACCAACCGGCCAGUUGGUCCUGUGGACCGGUUGGACCAACCGGCCAGUUGGUCCUGUGGACCGGUUGGACCAACCGGCCAGUUGGUCCUGUGGACCGGUUGGACCAACCGGCCAGUUGGUCCUGUGGACCGGUUGGACCAACCGGCCAGUUGGUCCUGUGGACCGGUUGGACCAACCGGCCAGUUGGUCCUGUGGACCGGUUGGACCAACCGGCCAGUUGGUCCUGUGGACCGGUUGGACCAACCGGCCAGUUGGUCCUGUGGACCGGUUGGACCAACCGGCCAGUUGGUCCUGUGGACCGGUUGGACCAACCGGCCAGUUGGUCCUGUGGACCGGUUGGACCAACCGGCCAGUUGGUCCUGUGGACCGGUUGGACCAACCGGCCAGUUGGUCCUGUGGACCGGUUGGACCAACCGGCCAGUUGGUCCUGUGGACCGGUUGGACCAACCGGCCAGUUGGUCCUGUGGACCGGUUGGACCAACCGGCCAGUUGGUCCUGUGGACCGGUUGGACCAACCGGCCAGUUGGUCCUGUGGACCGGUUGGACCAACCGGCCAGUUGGUCCUGUGGACCGGUUGGACCAACCGGCCAGUUGGUCCUGUGGACCGGUUGGACCAACCGGCCAGUUGGUCCUGUGGACCGGUUGGACCAACCGGCCAGUUGGUCCUGUGGACCGGUUGGACCAACCGGCCAGUUGGUCCUGUGGACCGGUUGGACCAACCGGCCAGUUGGUCCUGUGGACCGGUUGGACCAACCGGCCAGUUGGUCCUGUGGACCGGUUGGACCAACCGGCCAGUUGGUCCUGUGGACCGGUUGGACCAACCGGCCAGUUGGUCCUGUGGACCGGUUGGACCAACCGGCCAGUUGGUCCUGUGGACCGGUUGGACCAACCGGCCAGUUGGUCCUGUGGACCGGUUGGACCAACCGGCCAGUUGGUCCUGUGGACCGGUUGGACCAACCGGCCAGUUGGUCCUGUGGACCGGUUGGACCAACCGGCCAGUUGGUCCUGUGGACCGGUUGGACCAACCGGCCAGUUGGUCCUGUGGACCGGUUGGACCAACCGGCCAGUUGGUCCUGUGGACCGGUUGGACCAACCGGCCAGUUGGUCCUGUGGACCGGUUGGACCAACCGGCCAGUUGGUCCUGUGGACCGGUUGGACCAACCGGCCAGUUGGUCCUGUGGACCGGUUGGACCAACCGGCCAGUUGGUCCUGUGGACCGGUUGGACCAACCGGCCAGUUGGUCCUGUGGACCGGUUGGACCAACCGGCCAGUUGGUCCUGUGGACCGGUUGGACCAACCGGCCAGUUGGUCCUGUGGACCGGUUGGACCAACCGGCCAGUUGGUCCUGUGGACCGGUUGGACCAACCGGCCAGUUGGUCCUGUGGACCGGUUGGACCAACCGGCCAGUUGGUCCUGUGGACCGGUUGGACCAACCGGCCAGUUGGUCCUGUGGACCGGUUGGACCAACCGGCCAGUUGGUCCUGUGGACCGGUUGGACCAACCGGCCAGUUGGUCCUGUGGACCGGUUGGACCAACCGGCCAGUUGGUCCUGUGGACCGGUUGGACCAACCGGCCAGUUGGUCCUGUGGACCGGUUGGACCAACCGGCCAGUUGGUCCUGUGGACCGGUUGGACCAACCGGCCAGUUGGUCCUGUGGACCGGUUGGACCAACCGGCCAGUUGGUCCUGUGGACCGGUUGGACCAACCGGCCAGUUGGUCCUGUGGACCGGUUGGACCAACCGGCCAGUUGGUCCUGUGGACCGGUUGGACCAACCGGCCAGUUGGUCCUGUGGACCGGUUGGACCAACCGGCCAGUUGGUCCUGUGGACCGGUUGGACCAACCGGCCAGUUGGUCCUGUGGACCGGUUGGACCAACCGGCCAGUUGGUCCUGUGGACCGGUUGGACCAACCGGCCAGUUGGUCCUGUGGACCGGUUGGACCAACCGGCCAGUUGGUCCUGUGGACCGGUUGGACCAACCGGCCAGUUGGUCCUGUGGACCGGUUGGACCAACCGGCCAGUUGGUCCUGUGGACCGGUUGGACCAACCGGCCAGUUGGUCCUGUGGACCGGUUGGACCAACCGGCCAGUUGGUCCUGUGGACCGGUUGGACCAACCGGCCAGUUGGUCCUGUGGACCGGUUGGACCAACCGGCCAGUUGGUCCUGUGGACCGGUUGGACCAACCGGCCAGUUGGUCCUGUGGACCGGUUGGACCAACCGGCCAGUUGGUCCUGUGGACCGGUUGGACCAACCGGCCAGUUGGUCCUGUGGACCGGUUGGACCAACCGGCCAGUUGGUCCUGUGGACCGGUUGGACCAACCGGCCAGUUGGUCCUGUGGACCGGUUGGACCAACCGGCCAGUUGGUCCUGUGGACCGGUUGGACCAACCGGCCAGUUGGUCCUGUGGACCGGUUGGACCAACCGGCCAGUUGGUCCUGUGGACCGGUUGGACCAACCGGCCAGUUGGUCCUGUGGACCGGUUGGACCAACCGGCCAGUUGGUCCUGUGGACCGGUUGGACCAACCGGCCAGUUGGUCCUGUGGACCGGUUGGACCAACCGGCCAGUUGGUCCUGUGGACCGGUUGGACCAACCGGCCAGUUGGUCCUGUGGACCGGUUGGACCAACCGGCCAGUUGGUCCUGUGGACCGGUUGGACCAACCGGCCAGUUGGUCCUGUGGACCGGUUGGACCAACCGGCCAGUUGGUCCUGUGGACCGGUUGGACCAACCGGCCAGUUGGUCCUGUGGACCGGUUGGACCAACCGGCCAGUUGGUCCUGUGGACCGGUUGGACCAACCGGCCAGUUGGUCCUGUGGACCGGUUGGACCAACCGGCCAGUUGGUCCUGUGGACCGGUUGGACCAACCGGCCAGUUGGUCCUGUGGACCGGUUGGACCAACCGGCCAGUUGGUCCUGUGGACCGGUUGGACCAACCGGCCAGUUGGUCCUGUGGACCGGUUGGACCAACCGGCCAGUUGGUCCUGUGGACCGGUUGGACCAACCGGCCAGUUGGUCCUGUGGACCGGUUGGACCAACCGGCCAGUUGGUCCUGUGGACCGGUUGGACCAACCGGCCAGUUGGUCCUGUGGACCGGUUGGACCAACCGGCCAGUUGGUCCUGUGGACCGGUUGGACCAACCGGCCAGUUGGUCCUGUGGACCGGUUGGACCAACCGGCCAGUUGGUCCUGUGGACCGGUUGGACCAACCGGCCAGUUGGUCCUGUGGACCGGUUGGACCAACCGGCCAGUUGGUCCUGUGGACCGGUUGGACCAACCGGCCAGUUGGUCCUGUGGACCGGUUGGACCAACCGGCCAGUUGGUCCUGUGGACCGGUUGGACCAACCGGCCAGUUGGUCCUGUGGACCGGUUGGACCAACCGGCCAGUUGGUCCUGUGGACCGGUUGGACCAACCGGCCAGUUGGUCCUGUGGACCGGUUGGACCAACCGGCCAGUUGGUCCUGUGGACCGGUUGGACCAACCGGCCAGUUGGUCCUGUGGACCGGUUGGACCAACCGGCCAGUUGGUCCUGUGGACCGGUUGGACCAACCGGCCAGUUGGUCCUGUGGACCGGUUGGACCAACCGGCCAGUUGGUCCUGUGGACCGGUUGGACCAACCGGCCAGUUGGUCCUGUGGACCGGUUGGACCAACCGGCCAGUUGGUCCUGUGGACCGGUUGGACCAACCGGCCAGUUGGUCCUGUGGACCGGUUGGACCAACCGGCCAGUUGGUCCUGUGGACCGGUUGGACCAACCGGCCAGUUGGUCCUGUGGACCGGUUGGACCAACCGGCCAGUUGGUCCUGUGGACCGGUUGGACCAACCGGCCAGUUGGUCCUGUGGACCGGUUGGACCAACCGGCCAGUUGGUCCUGUGGACCGGUUGGACCAACCGGCCAGUUGGUCCUGUGGACCGGUUGGACCAACCGGCCAGUUGGUCCUGUGGACCGGUUGGACCAACCGGCCAGUUGGUCCUGUGGACCGGUUGGACCAACCGGCCAGUUGGUCCUGUGGACCGGUUGGACCAACCGGCCAGUUGGUCCUGUGGACCGGUUGGACCAACCGGCCAGUUGGUCCUGUGGACCGGUUGGACCAACCGGCCAGUUGGUCCUGUGGACCGGUUGGACCAACCGGCCAGUUGGUCCUGUGGACCGGUUGGACCAACCGGCCAGUUGGUCCUGUGGACCGGUUGGACCAACCGGCCAGUUGGUCCUGUGGACCGGUUGGACCAACCGGCCAGUUGGUCCUGUGGACCGGUUGGACCAACCGGCCAGUUGGUCCUGUGGACCGGUUGGACCAACCGGCCAGUUGGUCCUGUGGACCGGUUGGACCAACCGGCCAGUUGGUCCUGUGGACCGGUUGGACCAACCGGCCAGUUGGUCCUGUGGACCGGUUGGACCAACCGGCCAGUUGGUCCUGUGGACCGGUUGGACCAACCGGCCAGUUGGUCCUGUGGACCGGUUGGACCAACCGGCCAGUUGGUCCUGUGGACCGGUUGGACCAACCGGCCAGUUGGUCCUGUGGACCGGUUGGACCAACCGGCCAGUUGGUCCUGUGGACCGGUUGGACCAACCGGCCAGUUGGUCCUGUGGACCGGUUGGACCAACCGGCCAGUUGGUCCUGUGGACCGGUUGGACCAACCGGCCAGUUGGUCCUGUGGACCGGUUGGACCAACCGGCCAGUUGGUCCUGUGGACCGGUUGGACCAACCGGCCAGUUGGUCCUGUGGACCGGUUGGACCAACCGGCCAGUUGGUCCUGUGGACCGGUUGGACCAACCGGCCAGUUGGUCCUGUGGACCGGUUGGACCAACCGGCCAGUUGGUCCUGUGGACCGGUUGGACCAACCGGCCAGUUGGUCCUGUGGACCGGUUGGACCAACCGGCCAGUUGGUCCUGUGGACCGGUUGGACCAACCGGCCAGUUGGUCCUGUGGACCGGUUGGACCAACCGGCCAGUUGGUCCUGUGGACCGGUUGGACCAACCGGCCAGUUGGUCCUGUGGACCGGUUGGACCAACCGGCCAGUUGGUCCUGUGGACCGGUUGGACCAACCGGCCAGUUGGUCCUGUGGACCGGUUGGACCAACCGGCCAGUUGGUCCUGUGGACCGGUUGGACCAACCGGCCAGUUGGUCCUGUGGACCGGUUGGACCAACCGGCCAGUUGGUCCUGUGGACCGGUUGGACCAACCGGCCAGUUGGUCCUGUGGACCGGUUGGACCAACCGGCCAGUUGGUCCUGUGGACCGGUUGGACCAACCGGCCAGUUGGUCCUGUGGACCGGUUGGACCAACCGGCCAGUUGGUCCUGUGGACCGGUUGGACCAACCGGCCAGUUGGUCCUGUGGACCGGUUGGACCAACCGGCCAGUUGGUCCUGUGGACCGGUUGGACCAACCGGCCAGUUGGUCCUGUGGACCGGUUGGACCAACCGGCCAGUUGGUCCUGUGGACCGGUUGGACCAACCGGCCAGUUGGUCCUGUGGACCGGUUGGACCAACCGGCCAGUUGGUCCUGUGGACCGGUUGGACCAACCGGCCAGUUGGUCCUGUGGACCGGUUGGACCAACCGGCCAGUUGGUCCUGUGGACCGGUUGGACCAACCGGCCAGUUGGUCCUGUGGACCGGUUGGACCAACCGGCCAGUUGGUCCUGUGGACCGGUUGGACCAACCGGCCAGUUGGUCCUGUGGACCGGUUGGACCAACCGGCCAGUUGGUCCUGUGGACCGGUUGGACCAACCGGCCAGUUGGUCCUGUGGACCGGUUGGACCAACCGGCCAGUUGGUCCUGUGGACCGGUUGGACCAACCGGCCAGUUGGUCCUGUGGACCGGUUGGACCAACCGGCCAGUUGGUCCUGUGGACCGGUUGGACCAACCGGCCAGUUGGUCCUGUGGACCGGUUGGACCAACCGGCCAGUUGGUCCUGUGGACCGGUUGGACCAACCGGCCAGUUGGUCCUGUGGACCGGUUGGACCAACCGGCCAGUUGGUCCUGUGGACCGGUUGGACCAACCGGCCAGUUGGUCCUGUGGACCGGUUGGACCAACCGGCCAGUUGGUCCUGUGGACCGGUUGGACCAACCGGCCAGUUGGUCCUGUGGACCGGUUGGACCAACCGGCCAGUUGGUCCUGUGGACCGGUUGGACCAACCGGCCAGUUGGUCCUGUGGACCGGUUGGACCAACCGGCCAGUUGGUCCUGUGGACCGGUUGGACCAACCGGCCAGUUGGUCCUGUGGACCGGUUGGACCAACCGGCCAGUUGGUCCUGUGGACCGGUUGGACCAACCGGCCAGUUGGUCCUGUGGACCGGUUGGACCAACCGGCCAGUUGGUCCUGUGGACCGGUUGGACCAACCGGCCAGUUGGUCCUGUGGACCGGUUGGACCAACCGGCCAGUUGGUCCUGUGGACCGGUUGGACCAACCGGCCAGUUGGUCCUGUGGACCGGUUGGACCAACCGGCCAGUUGGUCCUGUGGACCGGUUGGACCAACCGGCCAGUUGGUCCUGUGGACCGGUUGGACCAACCGGCCAGUUGGUCCUGUGGACCGGUUGGACCAACCGGCCAGUUGGUCCUGUGGACCGGUUGGACCAACCGGCCAGUUGGUCCUGUGGACCGGUUGGACCAACCGGCCAGUUGGUCCUGUGGACCGGUUGGACCAACCGGCCAGUUGGUCCUGUGGACCGGUUGGACCAACCGGCCAGUUGGUCCUGUGGACCGGUUGGACCAACCGGCCAGUUGGUCCUGUGGACCGGUUGGACCAACCGGCCAGUUGGUCCUGUGGACCGGUUGGACCAACCGGCCAGUUGGUCCUGUGGACCGGUUGGACCAACCGGCCAGUUGGUCCUGUGGACCGGUUGGACCAACCGGCCAGUUGGUCCUGUGGACCGGUUGGACCAACCGGCCAGUUGGUCCUGUGGACCGGUUGGACCAACCGGCCAGUUGGUCCUGUGGACCGGUUGGACCAACCGGCCAGUUGGUCCUGUGGACCGGUUGGACCAACCGGCCAGUUGGUCCUGUGGACCGGUUGGACCAACCGGCCAGUUGGUCCUGUGGACCGGUUGGACCAACCGGCCAGUUGGUCCUGUGGACCGGUUGGACCAACCGGCCAGUUGGUCCUGUGGACCGGUUGGACCAACCGGCCAGUUGGUCCUGUGGACCGGUUGGACCAACCGGCCAGUUGGUCCUGUGGACCGGUUGGACCAACCGGCCAGUUGGUCCUGUGGACCGGUUGGACCAACCGGCCAGUUGGUCCUGUGGACCGGUUGGACCAACCGGCCAGUUGGUCCUGUGGACCGGUUGGACCAACCGGCCAGUUGGUCCUGUGGACCGGUUGGACCAACCGGCCAGUUGGUCCUGUGGACCGGUUGGACCAACCGGCCAGUUGGUCCUGUGGACCGGUUGGACCAACCGGCCAGUUGGUCCUGUGGACCGGUUGGACCAACCGGCCAGUUGGUCCUGUGGACCGGUUGGACCAACCGGCCAGUUGGUCCUGUGGACCGGUUGGACCAACCGGCCAGUUGGUCCUGUGGACCGGUUGGACCAACCGGCCAGUUGGUCCUGUGGACCGGUUGGACCAACCGGCCAGUUGGUCCUGUGGACCGGUUGGACCAACCGGCCAGUUGGUCCUGUGGACCGGUUGGACCAACCGGCCAGUUGGUCCUGUGGACCGGUUGGACCAACCGGCCAGUUGGUCCUGUGGACCGGUUGGACCAACCGGCCAGUUGGUCCUGUGGACCGGUUGGACCAACCGGCCAGUUGGUCCUGUGGACCGGUUGGACCAACCGGCCAGUUGGUCCUGUGGACCGGUUGGACCAACCGGCCAGUUGGUCCUGUGGACCGGUUGGACCAACCGGCCAGUUGGUCCUGUGGACCGGUUGGACCAACCGGCCAGUUGGUCCUGUGGACCGGUUGGACCAACCGGCCAGUUGGUCCUGUGGACCGGUUGGACCAACCGGCCAGUUGGUCCUGUGGACCGGUUGGACCAACCGGCCAGUUGGUCCUGUGGACCGGUUGGACCAACCGGCCAGUUGGUCCUGUGGACCGGUUGGACCAACCGGCCAGUUGGUCCUGUGGACCGGUUGGACCAACCGGCCAGUUGGUCCUGUGGACCGGUUGGACCAACCGGCCAGUUGGUCCUGUGGACCGGUUGGACCAACCGGCCAGUUGGUCCUGUGGACCGGUUGGACCAACCGGCCAGUUGGUCCUGUGGACCGGUUGGACCAACCGGCCAGUUGGUCCUGUGGACCGGUUGGACCAACCGGCCAGUUGGUCCUGUGGACCGGUUGGACCAACCGGCCAGUUGGUCCUGUGGACCGGUUGGACCAACCGGCCAGUUGGUCCUGUGGACCGGUUGGACCAACCGGCCAGUUGGUCCUGUGGACCGGUUGGACCAACCGGCCAGUUGGUCCUGUGGACCGGUUGGACCAACCGGCCAGUUGGUCCUGUGGACCGGUUGGACCAACCGGCCAGUUGGUCCUGUGGACCGGUUGGACCAACCGGCCAGUUGGUCCUGUGGACCGGUUGGACCAACCGGCCAGUUGGUCCUGUGGACCGGUUGGACCAACCGGCCAGUUGGUCCUGUGGACCGGUUGGACCAACCGGCCAGUUGGUCCUGUGGACCGGUUGGACCAACCGGCCAGUUGGUCCUGUGGACCGGUUGGACCAACCGGCCAGUUGGUCCUGUGGACCGGUUGGACCAACCGGCCAGUUGGUCCUGUGGACCGGUUGGACCAACCGGCCAGUUGGUCCUGUGGACCGGUUGGACCAACCGGCCAGUUGGUCCUGUGGACCGGUUGGACCAACCGGCCAGUUGGUCCUGUGGACCGGUUGGACCAACCGGCCAGUUGGUCCUGUGGACCGGUUGGACCAACCGGCCAGUUGGUCCUGUGGACCGGUUGGACCAACCGGCCAGUUGGUCCUGUGGACCGGUUGGACCAACCGGCCAGUUGGUCCUGUGGACCGGUUGGACCAACCGGCCAGUUGGUCCUGUGGACCGGUUGGACCAACCGGCCAGUUGGUCCUGUGGACCGGUUGGACCAACCGGCCAGUUGGUCCUGUGGACCGGUUGGACCAACCGGCCAGUUGGUCCUGUGGACCGGUUGGACCAACCGGCCAGUUGGUCCUGUGGACCGGUUGGACCAACCGGCCAGUUGGUCCUGUGGACCGGUUGGACCAACCGGCCAGUUGGUCCUGUGGACCGGUUGGACCAACCGGCCAGUUGGUCCUGUGGACCGGUUGGACCAACCGGCCAGUUGGUCCUGUGGACCGGUUGGACCAACCGGCCAGUUGGUCCUGUGGACCGGUUGGACCAACCGGCCAGUUGGUCCUGUGGACCGGUUGGACCAACCGGCCAGUUGGUCCUGUGGACCGGUUGGACCAACCGGCCAGUUGGUCCUGUGGACCGGUUGGACCAACCGGCCAGUUGGUCCUGUGGACCGGUUGGACCAACCGGCCAGUUGGUCCUGUGGACCGGUUGGACCAACCGGCCAGUUGGUCCUGUGGACCGGUUGGACCAACCGGCCAGUUGGUCCUGUGGACCGGUUGGACCAACCGGCCAGUUGGUCCUGUGGACCGGUUGGACCAACCGGCCAGUUGGUCCUGUGGACCGGUUGGACCAACCGGCCAGUUGGUCCUGUGGACCGGUUGGACCAACCGGCCAGUUGGUCCUGUGGACCGGUUGGACCAACCGGCCAGUUGGUCCUGUGGACCGGUUGGACCAACCGGCCAGUUGGUCCUGUGGACCGGUUGGACCAACCGGCCAGUUGGUCCUGUGGACCGGUUGGACCAACCGGCCAGUUGGUCCUGUGGACCGGUUGGACCAACCGGCCAGUUGGUCCUGUGGACCGGUUGGACCAACCGGCCAGUUGGUCCUGUGGACCGGUUGGACCAACCGGCCAGUUGGUCCUGUGGACCGGUUGGACCAACCGGCCAGUUGGUCCUGUGGACCGGUUGGACCAACCGGCCAGUUGGUCCUGUGGACCGGUUGGACCAACCGGCCAGUUGGUCCUGUGGACCGGUUGGACCAACCGGCCAGUUGGUCCUGUGGACCGGUUGGACCAACCGGCCAGUUGGUCCUGUGGACCGGUUGGACCAACCGGCCAGUUGGUCCUGUGGACCGGUUGGACCAACCGGCCAGUUGGUCCUGUGGACCGGUUGGACCAACCGGCCAGUUGGUCCUGUGGACCGGUUGGACCAACCGGCCAGUUGGUCCUGUGGACCGGUUGGACCAACCGGCCAGUUGGUCCUGUGGACCGGUUGGACCAACCGGCCAGUUGGUCCUGUGGACCGGUUGGACCAACCGGCCAGUUGGUCCUGUGGACCGGUUGGACCAACCGGCCAGUUGGUCCUGUGGACCGGUUGGACCAACCGGCCAGUUGGUCCUGUGGACCGGUUGGACCAACCGGCCAGUUGGUCCUGUGGACCGGUUGGACCAACCGGCCAGUUGGUCCUGUGGACCGGUUGGACCAACCGGCCAGUUGGUCCUGUGGACCGGUUGGACCAACCGGCCAGUUGGUCCUGUGGACCGGUUGGACCAACCGGCCAGUUGGUCCUGUGGACCGGUUGGACCAACCGGCCAGUUGGUCCUGUGGACCGGUUGGACCAACCGGCCAGUUGGUCCUGUGGACCGGUUGGACCAACCGGCCAGUUGGUCUGUGGACCGGUUGGACCAACCGGCCAGUUGGUCCUGUGGACCGGUUGGACCAACCGGCCAGUUGGUCCUGUGGACCGGUUGGACCAACCGGCCAGUUGGUCCUGUGGACCGGUUGGACCAACCGGCCAGUUGGUCCUGUGGACCGGUUGGACCAACCGGCCAGUUGGUCCUGUGGACCGGUUGGACCAACCGGCCAGUUGGUCCUGUGGACCGGUUGGACCAACCGGCCAGUUGGUCCUGUGGACCGGUUGGACCAACCGGCCAGUUGGUCCUGUGGACCGGUUGGACCAACCGGCCAGUUGGUCCUGUGGACCGGUUGGACCAACCGGCCAGUUGGUCUGUGGACCGGUUGGACCAACCGGCCAGUUGGUCCUGUGGACCGGUUGGACCAACCGGCCAGUUGGUCCUGUGGACCGGUUGGACCAACCGGCCAGUUGGUCCUGUGGACCGGUUGGACCAACCGGCCAGUUGGUCCUGUGGACCGGUUGGACCAACCGGCCAGUUGGUCCUGUGGACCGGUUGGACCAACCGGCCAGUUGGUCCUGUGGACCGGUUGGACCAACCGGCCAGUUGGUCCUGUGGACCGGUUGGACCAACCGGCCAGUUGGUCUGUGGACCGGUUGGACCAACCGGCCAGUUGGUCCUGUGGACCGGUUGGACCAACCGGCCAGUUGGUCCUGUGGACCGGUUGGACCAACCGGCCAGUUGGUCCUGUGGACCGGUUGGACCAACCGGCCAGUUGGUCCUGUGGACCGGUUGGACCAACCGGCCAGUUGGUCCUGUGGACCGGUUGGACCAACCGGCCAGUUGGUCCUGUGGACCGGUUGGACCAACCGGCCAGUUGGUCCUGUGGACCGGUUGGACCAACCGGCCAGUUGGUCCUGUGGACCGGUUGGACCAACCGGCCAGUUGGUCCUGUGGACCGGUUGGACCAACCGGCCAGUUGGUCCUGUGGACCGGUUGGACCAACCGGCCAGUUGGUCCUGUGGACCGGUUGGACCAACCGGCCAGUUGGUCCUGUGGACCGGUUGGACCAACCGGCCAGUUGGUCUGUGGACCGGUUGGACCAACCGGCCAGUUGGUCCUGUGGACCGGUUGGACCAACCGGCCAGUUGGUCCUGUGGACCGGUUGGACCAACCGGCCAGUUGGUCCUGUGGACCGGUGGUCCGAACCGGCCAGUUGGUCCUGUGGACCGGUUGGUCCCAACCGGCCAGUUGGUCUGUGGACCGGUUGGUCCAACCGGCCAGUUGGUCCUGUGGGACCGUUGGACCAACCGGCCAGUUGGUCCUGUGGACCGGUUGGUCCAACCGGCCAGUUGGUCCUGUGGACCGGUUGGACCAACACGGCCAGUUGGUCAUGUGGACCGUUGCCAACCGGCCAGUUGGUCCUGUGGACCGGUUGGUCCAACCGGCCAGUUGGUCCGUGGACCGGUUGGACCAAACCGGCCAGUUGGUCCUGUGGACCGGUUGGACCAACCGGCCAGUUGGUCCUGUGGACCGGUUGGUCCAACCGGCCAGUUGGUCCUGGUGGACCGGUUGGUUCCAACCGGCCAGUUGGUCCUGUGGACCGGUUGGACCAACCGGCCAGUUGGUCCUGUGGAACCGGUUGGUCCAACCGGCCAGUUGGUCCUGUGGGACCGGUUGACCAACCGGCCAGUUGGUCCGGUGGACCGGUUGACGUCAACCGGCCAGUUGGUCCUGUGGACCGGUGGAACCAACCGGCCAGUUGGUCCUGUGGACCGGUUGGACCAACCGGCCAGUUGGUCCUGUGGAACCGGUUGGUCCAACCGGCCAGUUGGUCCUGUGGACCGGUUGGACCAACCGGCCAGUUGGUCCUGUGGACCGGUUGGACCAACCGGCCAGUUGGUCCUGUGGACCGGUUGGACCAACCGGCCAGUUGGUCAUGUGGACCGGUUGGACCAACCGGCCAGUUGGUCCUGUGGACCGGUUGGUACCAACCGGCCAGUUGGUCCUGUGGACCGGUUGGUCCAACCGGCCAGUUGGUCCUGUGGACCGGUUGGUCCAACCGGCCAGUUGGUCCUGUGGACCGGUUGGUCCAACCGGCCAGUUGGUCCUGUGGACCGGUUGGACCAACCGGCCAGUUGGUCAUGUGGACCGGUUGGUCCAACCGGCCAGUUGGUCCUGUGGACCGGUUGGACCAACCGGCCAGUUGGUCCUGUGGACCGGUUGGACCAACCGGCCAGUUGGUCCUGUGGACCGGUUGGACCAACCGGCCAGUUGGUCCCUGUGGGACCGGUUGGACCAACCGGCCAGUUGGGGGGGGUGGAUCCAACCGGUCAGGUGGUCCUGUGA